AGAGGAGUAGCUCAGGUAAAAGGCGCACGGGGGGAACUGCUUUUCCUCAGCAAACUGCACAAUCUCAAUGCCUCGCUCAAUCUGCCGUUUCCCUCCUAAAGUGGCGGGAUGCUGUAGCCUCCGGUUCAUAGCGAGGAGUGAUCUCACCAUAUGCGCUGACAGGAUGUAAUGUGCCACAUGAAAGCUGCAGCGAGCCUGAGGAUAGAUGACUUUAAGCGAGGACAUGAUUGGGAUUUAAAUCUGUUUCUUGCAGAAUUUCGUGCGUCCUGGUGGUUUUUGGCGGAGACACAUUUUUGGUGCAGGGGACCCACAGGAUUCUACUACCACUGCUUGCUUUUGCACAAAGAAGCGUUCAGCGCGCCUGUUGGGAUCUGAGCUGCAGUCCAGUUUACACCAACUGCAGUGCAACAACUGUUGAGGGAAAUGUGUCUAAUAUGAAAUUAUGCAGCUUUCCUCAUGAACUCUUCCGUGGAUGUACAGACUUAGAUCCACAAGUGGAGCGUUUGUCUGCCUCCCUGACUUACAUAAUCUCACUUUACAACUACAAUGGGACAACGUGGAGGGUUUACAAGAGGAAAUGUUGCCCACAGAAGUGCAGUGAGAGAGCAGGACAGUGACUUCCAGAGGGCACCUGCAGACGAGUGAAUGCCGUCUCCGAUGUGGAGCUUGUCGCUGUCCGACGCGCGCGUGGUGCUGAAAUUUGGAUGAUGCCUCGACUGCAAGGCUGCCGCUCCCUGCACCUGAACGAGGACAACGGGCGCUUCGUGUUGCUCGCCCUCCUCAUCGUCCUGUACCUGCUGUGCGGCGCUGCGGUCUUCUCGGCCAUCGAGAGGCCCUCGGAGCUGCGGGCUCAUGGCCGCUGGAACGGGACGCUCCACAACUUCAGCGAGACCUUCAACAUCAGCCUGCAGGACCUCAACUCCUUCCUGCGGGAGUAUGAGGCUGCUAUCGCCGCCGGGAUCCGGGCUGACGCUCUGAGGCCACGAUGGGAUUUUACAGGAGCUUUUUAUUUUGUUGGGACUGUGGUGUCGACUAUAGGUGAGUGAUUUCUCCACCUGUUAUUCAGUCUCCUGACCUUUACGUUUUUUUUUUGUUUCAGGUCCCCCUCCAAUUACUCCUUAAAUGAUCUCCAAUAACACCCAAAUCCAUGCAUUUUCAAGUCUAUAGUAUGGUGGCCCUGAAGGUCAACUGCACACGAAUUUCAUUGAUAUGAAAACCAUUUCUGAACCAUGCCAAAUAUUGGUUUAUUAAACUAAAAAAAAUUUUAACCCAUGAAAAUCUGACAAAAAUAUUUUAUACAGCACAGUAUAAAAUGUAAAAAAAAAAAAAAAAAAUUAAGAAGCACAAAAAUAUUUCAUUGAAACAAAAAACAUGCAGAACAUGCAAAAAAAAGGGGAAAAAAUCAUGCAUAAAUAUAUUUAAAAAAGGGAAACAGUAAAAAAAAUCAUUACACUGAAUGUUGGAAAUAUUUCAAUAAUAGCAAAAAAAUGUAUCAAACUCAUUAACAUUAACCAACAUGAAAAACAUGUGCAAAAAUAUUAUUAAAAAUCCAAAAUAUUCUGUGAAACAAACAAUAAAUAGAUAAAUGAAUAAAACACUAGACUGAAAACCCAAAACAUUUUACACUCCACAAAAAUUUCAUCUGAUCCAAACUGAUAUGAAGUGUUUUUUUUGAUAGAAAGCAGAAAUAUUUCAAAAAGGGCAUAAAACAAAACAUAUAACUUAACAAUAGCUCAUAAAAUAGAAGUCUUCAUGUAUUGCAAAAAUAAUUCAUUAGACCUAAAAACAAAAACAAAACAAACAUGAAAUCAUCUUGUGUGUUUUGUCAAGUAUAUUUAUGGUCUGUUGAAUCCUUUUUUUGUGUGUGUUCAUAAAAUAUUUGUGCAAUUACCCUUCAGAGCCACCGUACCUUAGUAGUCUAAGCCUUUAAGAAAGACUCAGGAGCACACCAGCUCACUGUCAGGGAAGUAAUUAAGUAUUUGGCAGGUCCAGUCGUCUAAUCAGCUAAACAGAGGACAUCAUUUUCCAGUUAAGCACAUUCAGGAUAAUAACUUGCAGAAAUAAGAACAAUAUAUUUCUGCGUGUUCAAUAAUCGCAACACAACAGCAUGUCAGAGGGCUGGAGCUGCAGUCCCUCUCGGCUUGUGUCUCUCUGCUGGUGUUCACGCAGAAUACCAGAUUAACAUUUCUGCUUUUUUCCAGUGGUGUGUUACAUUUGGGCUGUGAGGGGACUUUGGCACAGGCCACAUCUGACUCGCCAGCAAGCCAGGGACGGCACACUCAUCUCUGGCUAUAGGACAGCACCCAUGGGUGCAGUCUCUUUUUUGCCACAUUACCAUUCAAAACCAGCAGGAAUGUCAAUGAGAAGCCCCGUCUGCUCCCCCUCAUUUUAACAUUUACUUGUGCGAUAGGUCAGAAAAGAGCAAGUGUCCCUCGCAGGGCAGCCCGAGGGCCAGCGGUGAGGUGCACUGCAUGCCUGAUGGCCCCUGUGUCUGCCUGUACUCUCUGCCCCUCCCUCUUGGAGGGGUGAGUGAGUGAGAGAGUGUGAGUGAACAAAUGAACACAGUCCAGGUGAUUAUUUGAGCUGACAGCAUCCGUCUAUCCCCGACCUUGCCCUGAAGACACAAACACACACAAACGUAUACCUUAUGAUCCCUCCAGCACCUCUUAUUAAUUGAAAACAGAGGUGAGGGGAGUCAUACGGAGAACUGAUGGGUGCAGUGGGAGGAUUGGAUCCACAUGAGCAGAAAACCUGUCAGAACUUUAUUUACUGUAACCUGUCAGGAGAGCUUUAUUGGCUCCUCCACUUUCAGAUACACAGACGCAGAACACUCCGGGCGCUCUCAGCUCACCUCGUCACAGAGGGGGAACUACAGCAGCUGUGUUUGUGUACAUGUCUGAGGCAGGUUGAGUUUCUUUGUGCUUCAGUUGUCAUGCAGCAGUGCAGUCUUCCCUCAGCAGAUCAGAUAAACUGACUCAGCUGCAUGCGGGGAACAAAGGCUGAUGUCUGUCUGCAGUUUUUUGUCUUUUUCUUACACUUGCAUGGAUUUCUGUCUGGAUUUCCAUCUCACUUUGAUCUCUUUCUCUGCCCCCCCUUCCCUCAGGCUUGUGUGCUAGUUUUUCAACAUGCUUGUGAGUCUGUGAUAUAAAAGGGAUUUGGGGGGCCUCCCCUCACAUCUCUAUCAGGCAGGCAUCCCCCUGUGCUCUCUACACUCUCCUCCCUGACACAUCCCUGCUCUGACUCUGCUGAGGCUUCAAAUCAGCGCUGACACUUUGCUCCCCUUGAUGUGUCUCCACGACACACAGCUUUGAAGAAUAAACGUGACUCUAUGGUCAGUCCAGGCUCUUGUUUACACACAGGUCGUGGGCCGAUUCACGGGUCAUUUAAGUUGCGAGGGGUGUCCUGUGCACGAAUUGGGAAUGCAGCAGGACACACAAAAAUCUCAUUGCAGUUUUUUUUCUUUUUAAAGUGUGAUUAAAAAUGUGAUUACAGUGAUCAGCUGAAGCGAUUAAUCCCCUGAGAGAAACAGCCAAUUUGUCAGGGCCUCUGGUGUAGCUGGUACUUAUUAAGAUGAGUGUUAACGAGGAUCCCCUGGGCAAAUCACUGUUCAUCUUUUACUGAUUAAUUUUUAUAGUCCGGCUUUAACUUGUGACCCAAAACCGAAGUUGGGAGUGAAGUCUGAGGACAUCUACAAGUGGCUGUUAUCUGCAAAUCUGCUCUUAGAGAUAAAUACAGUUAGAAAGUUUCCUUUAGAUGUUACCUGAAUGGUUCUAAGACAACAUUAAACGAUCUGCACGAUCUGUAUGACUAUUUUAAUGCACAGAGCCAGUGCUUGCAGAAAAGCAUGCAUGACACUGUCUGCAGUGUAACCAAAGCCCACAUAUUUUCAAGGUCCACGACCAUUGUCUACUUCAGUCUUUACAAUUAUUAUUAUAUUUACAGGGCUGCAAGAUUAUGGCCAAAAUGAUGAUCACGAUUGCGCUGAUCAAUAUUGGAGUCAUUAAUCACUCGUUUCCUGUUUCUUGUUUAAUCUAAAAACAGAACAUCCUUCAAAGUUUGGCGUAAAGCUCCUGUGAGGAACUUUCUGUCUGUGCUGACUUUGGCGCCCCCUGUGGACACAGUUGUAAGCCUUGUAUCAUUGCUGCUUUUGUGCAUCAUAAAGACGCAUCAUUGUGUAUUUCAUUCGGUUUCAUAACCAAAGUUGUAAUUUCAAUGAAAGCCAUAAUACAGAUGCUCACUUUGUCCCUCUGCUUGACUAACACACACAUACCUGAUUUUCUUGCUAAUCAGACAUGUUCAUGCAUCACCGACAUGCUUCCAUGAUACGCAAAUUGUUGUUUUUUUUUUUUUUUUUGCCUUAUCUUGGCUAAAGUGCUCCCAAAUUUUGGAGGUUUUUAAGUGCGUAUUUGUAGCUGCUGUAUGGGAUGCUGGCGCCGCCAUGUUUGAAUACCCUACCGCUCGGCAGAGGCGCUAUUGCAUAUGUGUGACUCUAGGCAGAGAUCGUAAUGAAGUAAGAUGCCUCACUCCACUGGAAAAAAACCCACAUCUUUCGACAAUAGUUGACAAUGGAAUUCGUUGUCGACUUUUUUCAUUAUCGAUUUCUGUCAACAACGUCAACUAAUCGUUGCAGCCCUAUUGUGCAGCUCUAAUUUCGGCAUGUGAUCGUCAUCUAAAUCAACUUGCCAACCAGUUUAGUACACAUGUGAUUCGAGUCAGCCUAUUCUUAUUUCUCCUUAUUGUUAGCGUUAUUGAACAACGAAACAAUCUGUUAUGUAUGACCUUUAGCCUAAGCAUAACGGAGAUUCUCAAUAAUGGAGUAUUGUGCUCAAACUGAUAGAAUCAUAAUUAAGCAGCAGCAUGAGGCAGGAUACACUCCACGAAAUUGGCAGAACUGUCGAUUGAAGAUUGAAGACAACAGAGACAGAAAUGUGAACAUAAACACUUUUGUCACAGACUUUGCUGAGAUCAGAGUCCCGCAGGAUGACCCUUUAGUUAGUUUGUACUUGAGGAUUUUGUGUCGCAGCGAAGUUUUUCCCCCUGUAUGUUUGGCUGUUGUGCUGUUAAAGAUGGAGGUCUGAAUCUAAGUGUAGCAGCGGUUAUCAACAUUGAUGUGUCGGCAUAAGUUAAAGCUCCUGUGCUCUUCUUUAGCUGAGUGUUUUAUGCUCCUCAGCGUACAGUGUAAGCUACUUUUUUUUGUCCAGAAGCUGUUUCAAAUGUUUUAUAGCUCUAAGAAAUCAGGCUGUGGUGGUUUGAGACAGGCUGUUAGAUUAGUGUAGAUAAAUAAGUCUCUGCAGCUGCUGUCUGCUGUUCUGGUCAUCGGCAGUUUGGAGGAGAGCUGCAGCGUGAGUCUCUCCGGUGUGACAUAAAUUGUCUGCUUGAAAACUGUUGGAGUGGUUGUGUGUGGCUGUGAGUGUGUGCAAGAGCGUGGGCUUCUGUUUAGGGCAAGAAAAAGGGCCCAAAAAUAUUUGAAUUGUGUUGUUAUGCAAGUGGACGGUACUCAGGUUACAAACAAAAACAGAGACACCUAAAACACUCUUACUUUGAGAUCUGUAUUCAAAUGGAAAUAUGUGUAUAAUGAGGUUAAAGUGUAUCUAUUUAAAUCAGCUCUUGCUUUGGUCUCCUCAAUAACUGCUCUCAAGCUUCUCCUCAGAAUCAAUUCAAGGCUCGGUUCCCCUGAAACCGCACAUUUUCAAAUUUCCAUUUUUCUCAAAGCACGCCCGGGACUGGAAAGUUGAGAUAUAAAGUUGAUCCCUGACCCUGAAAGUAUACUGUUGGACAAAAGCACUUUAUCACUCUCUUCUGGAGCUUUACUCACAACAUGACCUUCCUCUCCGGUCGCCCAGGUGACAUGGAAAUGUCUCAGCUGGCAACCAAACAAGAAGAGCUGUUCUCAAGGUCAGGAACUUGCUUUCAGUUUCAGCUUUUCUGUCAUAUGGUGGUGGAUGGAUGGAUGGAAAUGUUGAUGUCUAAAGGCUGGCCCUUCAGUCACUUCAACACUGUAGUACCAAAACAACAAUUGGAUGCAUUGCCAAGGGAUUUAGCACCAAUUUCCACGCUUUCCAGAUGAUAAAACCAACAGACCUCGAUUUCUUCUUCUUCUGCUUGUCUGACCAGCAGCUCAAAGCUUUUUAGUAUCAUAAGAAAAUCAGUUUAAUAACAUUGUUAAAAAGGCUAAAAAAAAGGUUUAAGUUGCAAACAUGUUGCAGAUGAUCAGAAAUCCUGUUGUAUGUGAGAAGCACCCGAAGGAUGGAUGAGCUUCCACUCUGUGGAUGGACGGUAACGAAAGCCAAUCAGGAGGCAAGCCGACUAAAGAAGGAGGCAUUAAAAACUCAGUCAUCAUGACAACAGACAAACAAAGCUUUAAGUCAGAUGGAUGUCAGAAAUGGAGAGUGAACACAUACGAUGUGUCCCGAAUAAUACCACAAUCAAACUUACAAGAAGAAGAGUGAAUAGAAAUCACUGCCACUGCAGGUCUACCACAUAGCAAGAGAGCUAGCUUUGUGAAUUUUGACAACAUCCUGUCAUCUGUCAUAUGUUUUUAUUGAAAACUUUUCAUGAGUGAUGUUUUGUUGAAUAUCCUGGUUAGAGAGGUUCGUCAGGACUCUCUAACCAGGAAGGUCAUUGGUGAAACUAAUGUACAUGUGGUGUGCUGUGUUGGCUAUUUCACUUCUCUUCACACACUUCAUGAACUAAACUGUGAAAUCUGUCGUUACUUUUGUUUCUCUAUCCAAGACACUUAAUAAGUAAAUGUUUCAUACUUGAUCGGCUGUUCCUUUUCCGACUAAUUACAAGAUACUCAAGUCUUAUUUGUCGUACUAUCUCGAAAUGUUUGUAAUUGUGAGGUGAAUAAGGCGUCUUUUAAGUCUAGUAUGACAUUUUUGACCUGAAAGUCUUGAGUUUUUGCAGUGUACCGCAUAUUCAAAGAUGUAUGUUUCAUAUUUGCAUGAGUUUGCACCUGUUUUAAUGUACAAGUUAUCUGGGAGUGCACUAGUUGGGUCAGUGAGUUAAGCACUCGUGGACAUAUGCAAGAAGCCGUGCAACAAAAUAAACACAUAGCCAGUCCAAGUAGAUGCGCAGUCAUAUAUUCACGGUAAACCAUCAUCAUGACAGUAUUGCUUUGGUUAGCAUUGGUUAAUACUCACAUUGCCAUCCAGGUUAAAUCCCCACCGUGUCUAAGUACAACUUCAUCUUUGGUAAAUGGUAAUUGGACUGCACUUAAGCAGUGCCCUCCAACCAUUCAAAACCCCUUUAACACUCCACGCCUCAUCACCAUGUCACACUCACUCACACACGGAUGGUAGAAGCUGCCAUCCAAGGUGCCAACAUGCCCGUCAGGAUCUUAUCUCUUUCAUUCGCAUCACACGGAUAGCUCAGCGUGUUACCUGAGGACACUUUUCACCUGUCAGUCAAACAGCCUGUCUCCGGAAAGGUAGACGACAUGUCCAACCUCUGAGCAAAAGUUGACCCAGAGCCUUUGGUCGAGUUUUCUGCUGGUAUGUCUCAAUUUGUUGGAGUGUUAGAUUAAAAAGUUUGGUUGUUUUCCUGUCCUAGAUUUUCAUGACACAGCUUUACUGUAUGCACGCCUAUGAAAGAGGGCACAAGAGUUGGUUUCUAUUAAUAAGAAAGCUAUUUAUAGCCCUGGAGACUGAUUGAUAGCUGAUGACUGCCAAUUAGGACGGCUCUCUGUAGCCAUUUGUGGGCCUGUGGGUUUAAUUGCAAGCUGCUGUAAUGACAUUUAGGAGAAAUACCGUGUUCUGUUUCAAGUGGUCGAAGGGGAGCACUCAUCUGAAAUUCUAAUGUACUCACUGAUUCGAUCGGGGACUUUCAACUUCUAAAGAUUAAAUAGGACAGACUAGUUAGCUGUUUUGCAGGUUUCGACAUAUUGUUCAGCUGCAGGUUUGGAUCAUGUUCUGGGCUAUUUAUUCCCUAGGAUGGACUCUACUCGCCUCCUCUUGCCCCUGGCAGCCACUGCAGCUUCUUGCUCCAUCACAAGAUUAUCCGCCCACUCAGAAAAGCCACAAAAGCAGACAAAGCAAAUAGGACAGUUUAACAAACAGCACAAAACAGACACUCGUGCAGUUUGUCUUUUAAAUUAUGUCGAUUAAAACCAGCAGGCAGUGCGCAACUUGCAAAAUGAGGAGAAAUGUCAGAGCUGGGUUAGGUUAGGGAAAGAUGAAAUCCUGCUAAAUGUGCAGCAGCAGAGGGCUUCUCUCUCCAGAUACUCUGAAACAUGCAUUGGCUUUUUUUCUCACAAAGCACUGAAUCCAGCUUGAACUGUGAUAUUCAAAAGGGCCUCAUUAAGCAACUGGCUUUACAGUCGCUGCAGUUUAAGCUCAAACUGUGAGGACAGCAGCUGCAGUUUGUAGCUGUUAAAUCAGACUGCAAAUGCCACUCAAUAUGUAGCUUAAAGCUGCUCGUAUCAAUUAUCGAAUCAAGUGGUGGUAUAUAAUGAUCCUACUGAAGUUGCUUCUCGAAACAGCAGGCUGCAAUUUUCAGCAAAUGAUCCAAAAAAAAAAAAAAAAAGAAAAAAAGAAAGCUCUGUUCGCUUCCCUCCCAGCUGACACACAAAGUUUGCAAGAACAAGUUAACAUAAAAAAAGCCUUUAGCAGCUGGAGAGACAGAUAAUUUCCUCCAGCGUGGAGACACAACAUGAAUCAACUUUGCGUACUGGUAUCAUGUAAAAGUUGUGUUUUCUCUCUCCGAGUUAAAUCCAAGAGACAGCAGGACUUGAUUGAAGUUUUUAAAGAUGCUUUGCUGCUCACUGAAAAGCUUUUUCAGCUGAGAUCUGAGGAAGUCUUUUUGAGGAUUGGAACCACUUGGAUUUUUAAAAGUUAUUUUUGGGGUGUUUUGCUUUUAUAAUGUAGGACAGCCGGAGAGAAACAGGAAAGAUGGGGAAGAGAGAGUGAGAGGUGGUAUGAUGGGGGUCCAAGGGAAGACUGGGCUGUAGCCUCUGAACAAAGGGGAUAAUGGUUGACUUUGACUAAACUUUUAAGACUAAACUUGAUCUGACAUGACCUAAAUCAGUGCGAUAUACAAAAAAAUAUAUGAGGAUCUAGCACAGAUCCCUGAGGUACACCCCAGAAAUGGACUAAAAACACAAUUAAAGCUUAAAACAGCUCAAAGUGGGACCUCAAAAAUAAAGCAGCAUUUGUUGCAUGGCUCCACAUGAAGAUGCAAGUCUUUUCUUUGCUGUCACUGGAUUCUUCCUGUCAGUCUUAAAUCGAAUUGGCCGAGCUUGAGGGUGUCGGUCAAUAUGUAGUUAAACUUUUAAACCUCAUUAAAUCUCUGGUUUGCAAUCUGUACUUGAAGAUGUCGUUAUUCUGUGACAGAGAUUGAUUCAGCAAAUGCUCUGAAAGAGAAAAGGAGACAAAAAUCCAGUAUCUGUGGCCUUUGCAGACCUGUAAUUGGUCUGUCUAGUCGUUUCAUCCUGAACAAAGUCUAUACCUGAGUCUGUGCUCACCUGCCUUCCUUCCUGCAUGUCUACACUCUCUGUCUCUUCAAAAAGCUAAAACCAGUUUUCAGGGGUGCACUUGUUUCAGGUAGAGCAUGCACCUGCAGUGCUGAGACUGAGCUCUUUAUGCAAUCACAUAUUUACACCCUUAGCCCUUCUUUGCAGGUAACCCAUCUCCCUCCUCCUCCAUUUACAGUCUCUUUACCGUGUUCAGUGUCAAAUAAAGGCACAAAUGGCCAAAUUAAAACCAGCUUUGCGGUUGCACAGAAGCAGCAAGGAAAGGUAGUUUGUACAGUAGGUGAUAAAAAUGGUGUGCUGGAGUCUUUUCCCCAAUGAAAUGCUCUCGCCAAGCUAAUGAGGCGGUGCGUGUGUUUUAAGGGAGAAAAUUCAACUUUUCCGUCUGUUAUUCCUGCUGGUUUCUUCAACGUUGCAUGCUCUUACUUUGAUGAUCAGUAUAUGCUAAUAAACAUAAUCGCGUCGCACUUGUUGUGUAUAGUCAGGUGUGUCAAAAUUCGCCUCCGGAUAUUUCGUAAUUUUGCGUCAUUCCUGGUGUGUACAGACCUUUAAGCUUGGGAAAGACAUUGUUGCCUGGGCAGGAGUGCUUCAGUCACAAAAAAGCAUCAUUAGCACGUCAGCAAAGCCACGAAUCAAACUCAGAUAUUUGUUCAUCCAAAAAAACGAAUAGACCCAGACCCUGCCUGUGUGGAAAAAACAUCUGAAGCCUGCACACAUGAAACAAAAUCAGCCAUCUCAGACCACUGCGAAAGAGAAAAUUACACCAUGGAUGAGAGAAAAGCAAAGGUCAUCCACUCAGAGACUAACAGACACUAACAUCAGAUAAGAGAGGCAGUGGAGAUCAGGGAGCGAGCACAGAUGAUGGUAAACCAGGAUGAGGUGCCUACUUUCUGUCACGUACUGGAGACUGGGGACAGGGGUCAUGGUAUGAUGAUCAAACCUCUUUAAAUCAGCGGAGAGACAACAUCAAAACAUCUCAACCCCUCUGCGGAAAACUACAAAAAGUUUGAGAGAGUUCGAAAAUAUGUCAAGGUGAAAAAAAAAACAGAAAAGAAAAAGACACACCAGCCUAGAUAUAAGAGAUAUAAAGUUCUUAUUUAUAGAGUCUGCAAUGACAUUUCACAGUUUCAAAUGUGCUCUGACUGAAAUAUAUAUUCCUGUGCCAGGACAGUCAGAUGACAUCUUACCUGUAAAUGCCAAGACUGUGUGCUAAAACAGCCUGUUCCUCUGACUCUGCAGAGUUUGAGUGGGAAUUAAAAUCUGCCUGCUUGUGUUUGGUAUAUCAGGUUUGUGCACAAAAGUUAAUGAAGCUCUAUAGCUACCACAUCAGGCACAUUAGUGUCCUCCCACAGUAUGAGACCAUGCAUCAUCCUGUCUUAUUUAGGAGGAACCCUCCACCAUGAGCCUGGGAAAUCUCUAAAGAUGUAACAAACUCAGCAAAGUCUGCAGAGUCCUGAUAAUUGCAGAUAGAGCUGACCUUAUGGCUCCUUUGCACUGGCCUGUAAUUAUGUGUCAAGUUUUGCAUUUUGUGCAUCCCAUAAUUACCAAAUUAAAACAGUUUCCAUGAUCCAAAAGCAGCUAUUUAAGAUCAGACGAACAAAGAAAAGGGUUGAGGUCAAUAAAUCAUAAUUGGUUAUCUCAAAAAUAAUUAAAAUGUCACAAAGAAGAUAAAAAAAGUUGUUCAAUUCGGCCCAUCUUCUCUUUCUCAUUAUGCUCCUGUGAGUGUGACUAAACUAAAGGUCUGUUGGUUCAGUCAAUUCAUCCUCGUCUCCUUGUGCUAAUUUAAAAAGUGCUGAUUUGCCAGCACCGAGCCCCUUUGUGAGGUCUGAGUGACUAUUACAUGCUUGCCUGACCAGGACCCUUGUAUCGACGAUGAAACAGCAAACCAAAUUUGUUUCACGCACAACUCAGCGCCUUGUAAAUUCACACGUCUCAGAGGUUAAAAUGCAACUAGACCUCAGACCAGCGGAGCGUGUGUUUGGCAUUUAAACAGUUUGAAAUGUCACAUGAUAGACAGCGAGGAUCCCUGGAGGCAGGCCGUGUUUUUGCUUUGGUGUCGUGUUCUUAUUUAGAUUAAACGCUCUGUGCUGCCUCACUGGGACAAAACCAUCUGUGCUGGUGUGACUGGUGGUGUAUGUUAUAAAUGGGCUUUCAGCGGGUGGGUGGGAAAGGUUUGCAAUCUGUGAAAGUAGAUUCAUCGAUAUGCAGCAGUGUUUCUCACUUCUCCUUGCCUCCUGUCUCUCACUUUGGAAAUGUUGUUAGACAUUCCCCGUGAGUCUUAGCCCUGUCUAACAUCUGUAAAUCUAACUUCUCGGCUGUGUUUUACAACCAGAGUGGACACAUUUUUCUAAACACUCAAUCGUUUUUAUACCCUGAACCCUUUUUUUUAUCAGCGUGUUCCUGAGAAACAAAGCAAUGACCUUUGAGAUAUCAAGCCAAUGCAGAAAAGCUGCAGUUCCUGUGGUGACCACUUGAGGCUGGGUCUGAAAGUGAGUCAAUCCCUAGUAGUUCCGGUUUAAAGUGACCAACUUUACAGUGCAAUUUACAACCUGGUAGAGCAGGCAGUUUUGGCAUUCAAAUUUCAUUACAACUUUGUAAAAUUGCUAAAAAAAAUUCGUAAAAUCCAAAAUUAUAACUGUUUUUUCCUUGCCCUCACAAAUGUAUAUACUAUAAAGCCAUCCUUCAGUCUGGCAACCUUGUGAAUGUAAAACCAAAAUCCUCCCUGUUGUUUCUGCAGCCCACCUGCUGGGGAACCACAGCUUCUUUAGGGUAAUUUGAGUUGGCUCCUGUGAUGAUGUAACGACAGGAGAAAAGCCACUCCCACUCCUCAAAUGACUUCACUUCCUCCCACAGUGUUGCGGUUUUGGCAUUGCUGAGUGUAGUUUGGAUGCAAAGAUCAAAACAAAUUCUCCUCUCUAUCCCUGCAAUGGGGACCAUUGAAAAACAGUGGUUGCUUUUUUGUUUUUAUCAGCAUUUUUCAGGGUCAGAUUCUGGAUAUCUUGUACUGAUGCAGGUUCUUCUGGCGCACUCGCCAUGUUUGAUUUGGUGUUUUUCCACCUCUGCAUUUGUCUGCAUCAGUCUGCCCACUGACAACAUGCAGGCAGCCAAUCAGUGCAGCACCUCAUUAUCAUAACAUCUCUACUCACUUAGAGUGCUGCAUGGAUAAUGGGGAUAAUACAUUCAUGAUGGUAUUUGCAGACAUACAGACAUAAAACAGAAAUGAUACAGCUAUUUUGGGCAGUUAUCAUCGUACCAGAGCAUUAUCUGCUUAACUUUAUUUCAUAGAGCGGAUCUAUUGUGAACAUUUUUUAUGUCUGCACUAAUGCUGCGGCUGAGACAAAGAACAUGAACCACAUCAUUUCUCUGUCCACUGGGGAUAGAUUUCCAAACACGGCUGUACCAAUGGUUUUAAAGGGCUUUAUGGUUCAGGGCCAAAAUAUAUUUGUGGUCUUUUGAUUCAGUAUGAUGAUCCAGCUUGUCUGAGAUGGGUAUCCUUCGGGUCUCUAGAGUCAGGAACCAAUCAUGCAGAAGCAGUGUAGAUUUAUUUUAUUUUUUUUGCUCUAUAAAUCUUGUACAAACUCUUAGAAAAGUGCAGAUCUGCUAAAACUCUUAGUUCUUUUGAGUCAAGGCUGCAAACUCACCUGUUCAUGACUGCUUUUUAAAGAUAUUUCAAUAACUCUUUUAACUACAAAUCAUAGCAAUGUAAUUUUUAUUCCUUUAAUUUGUGGAAGUCUGUUUAGAUUUGACCUUCUCUUGGGUUUUUAAAGGGUUUUUUAUCAUUUCAGUGCUGCCUUUUAAGUUUUCUUUUUUUUUGGUCAGCUUCUCUUUUGAGGCUCUCUCUUAUCAUUUCUUUUCAUGUCCUGUAUAAAGCACUGUGAAUUGCCUUGUUGCUUGAAUCUGCUGUGUAAAUAAAAUUGCCUUCCCAUAGUGGCACGCAUCAGUGUAAGUGCUUACCACAGCUUCUUUGCUGAUUUGCUACAGUUUUGUAUUUGUAGCUGGCUGUGCAUGGGAGUCAAAGUUCUACCUGCACAAAAACAGCAGUAUAGUGGCACUGAGAUUAUAGAGAGAUUGGUCUAUUUAGAGUUACCUGCUUCCUGCUAUUUAUCAGUGGUGUUUUCAAGUGGUGAGUUAGCCACAGUUCAUGCUCUCUCUCAGUAAGUUUGUCUGAUUAAAAAGAAAACUUUCAGUCAGAAAUCCUCUCAAGUGGUUCCUUUCUUUCCUGCUGCGGUUAAGUGAUGUUUAAAUGAAUUGAACACAGAUACAGACUGCAUAUGGCUUAAUGUUUGCCAACCACUUCCCUACUCUCCAGCUCCGGCUUCUUCAGCUUCUGGUCUAAAUAUUGUCCAGAAAUCCCACAUGGCAUCGCUCAAAACGCUGAGCUCCAUGCUCCUAAAAAAAAAGGGCUGCGGCCAAAAACCAACUGAUGACGUCACGGAGAGCGCAUCCAUGAAUUAUUCAGGCAGUGCUGCAAUUGUUGCAAAAUAGCGUCUGCUUCUAUUACACAAGCAGUGCACCCGUCAUCAUGACUCUUUUCUGUACCUCAUCUCUGCUGCUGCUGACGUCUUUCUCCCCCUCUUCCUCUUCUCAGAUCUCCUGGGUCGCUGUGUGAAAUCACAGACUUAGAAAAUGUCACUGAUAAAAAUGGAAAACUAGAGGGACCUUCAGUCGCAUGAAAGGCGCAGGGGGGUCGCUUUAAAUUUUGUGCAGUCCAAAGGCUCAGCACAAAAAUUGUGUCCCAAGUGAGGACUGGAAGCCAAAUUACAGCGCUGCUGCAGAGACGGUCCAUUAGACUGUGUCUAAAUUAAUCCAGCUGCAGUGUCACAUACCAAAUUUCAGCUUUAAAGCGGCACUGACCUUUAUGUUUGUUUUAAACUAUCUACAACUGUUAAUUUAAAAGCCCACAGUUGAAAUAAAGGCGAAACUCAACACAAAGAUAAUGCUCGAAUCAGACUUUGCUCCUCAGCUUGAAACUUUUGCAUUUCUUCUCCACCUGUAGUGAUAAAUCUUGAAGAUUUGUGACCAAAAAAAGGUUAUUUGAAUUUUCCACAACCAAAAACCGUCUAAUAGACAUGACACAUCUUGCUUAAUCUUCUCUCUUUGUUUUUUUAAACUAUUCUAUCACCUCUUUUCUUUACUUUUAACCAGAUAAAGGUUUUCCAUCAGCUAUGAAAGUUUAUUAUUUCACUGCGCUGAGCCUUGACACAACACCAGUAAAUGCUAAAAAAAAGCCCCAGAUUUUAACCUGUUGCUCUGUGUUUCAGCUGGUUUAAUUACCUGGUCGAUUAGUUCUGAAAAUGAGGAGACCUCGGCGGAUAAUUAAGCUUUAAAACCUCGCGAUGUAAUAGAGGACUGAGAAACAGCCACUGAACACCUGGAAACGAGUUUUUAAGGCAGCUCAUUCUGCUGUUUUUUCCUCUUCCUCCAGCCAAAGAACAAUUUUCGAGGUGACAGAGGUGUUUUCAGCAUUUAACUGCAGCUUUUUGUGUUGUUACACUGCUCAACAGGUCCGUUUGUACUGGAGAGAAGGAGACCCGGGGUGAGACCUUCUGGGGCGGCCAUAACUAAGUAAUCAGGUUUCAGUUCACUGCUCUCACAAAGCUUGUUUUCCAGCAGCAGCAGGACAACACAGUUUGGAGGUCAUUGACCAGAUUGUCUGGAAACAUCAUGAAGAAACUAAAAAUGUUUCACCCUGAUAUCCCUGUAACAGAACAUAGAUAGAUAGAUAGAUAGAUAGAUAGAUAGCUAGAUAGCUAGAUAGAUAGAUAGAUAGAUAGAUAGAUAGAUAGAUAGAUAGAUAGAUAGAUAGAUAGAUAGAUAGAUAGAUAGAUAGAUAGAUAGAUAGAUAGAUAGAUAGAUAGAUAGAUAGAUAGAUAGAUAGAUAGAUAGAUAGGGUAGUUGUUCUGUAAGUUGAAUAGUACUUAAGUUACAAGGCAUGUUUGAAAUGAUUAGUAAUUAGCCAACUUGUAAGUAAGUAAGUUUGUUUGUUAAAUGAUUUAGUACAUCAGUUGAAUGUGGAAGACAGCUAGCUAUCUAGCUAGUUAGUGAGCUAAGUAGAGUUAAUCGCUAACCAGUUACCUGGGUCUUUGGCUGACUGACCUACAGUGUCGUUGAUUGAGUAUGUCAGCCGAUUAAGCUACAUAGUAGCUUACUCACUGGUCAGUUAGAUUGGUAGAGGUAUUAUUAGUCAGCAAGGCAAUCGGGCAGCCAACAAGUUCAGUAGUCAGUAAGAGAUUAGUUUUGUCACUUUAUUUAGUUUACAGUGAGCUUACUAGCCUCUCAGUUGGCUGGGUAGAGAAAUUGUCUGGUCAGUCAUUUCGUUAGCCUGCUAACUAGAUAUGUGGUUGCUAGUGUGUUAACAUAUUAAUUGAGGUGGUUAGUUACUACGUAGCUAAUCACUUGGCAAGACAAAUUUAUUUAUUAUUCGACCAGAUAGUUAGUCAACCAGUCACUCAGUCAGGAAGUGGGUCAUCAACCGGUCUGUCAACUGGUUAGGUUAGCAAGUAAGCAAGUGAGCUGGUAAGGGGGUUGGAUUGCUAAUUGGGAACCCCUUUUUUUUGUCUAUUCAGUUAGUUAUAUUGUUAGUUAGUAAGUUAGAUUCCGAGAGGGUGUGAAGAUAAGUUCUGUUGGAUAAUUGGUCGGUUAGUCAGUUGGUUAGUUAGUUAAGUUGUUUGGAGUAAGUAGAUGUGAUUAUUUCAUUGAGGUCAAGGUGACAUAUAAAGUAGGGUAGUCAGUCAGUCAGUCGUUUAGUUGGUUAGUUGGUAAGUUAGUUCGUUUCUGAGGCAGUUUGGUAGUUCGGUCAGUUAAUUAAUUGGUCAGAUGGUGAGUUAGUUGGCUGGUUUAGUAAGAGAGCAGAGUUGGUUAAGUCGUGACUGUUUUUGUAGUUGAUUAGUCGGUUUGUUAGCACGGUAGAUAGUUAGCUACAUUUCUACAGUUUUUUAUUACAGUCGCUGACAGUAUCUGCAGGAGUGGACAUUUAUGAAAUUCAUGUCCGCUCUUUCUGUAAUACCCCCUGCUCCUCCCCUGACAGAGUACCCGGGUGUAUCCGUGUAUGUGUCUAUAUUUGAGUGUGUGAAUGUGUGCAGGGCCAACCUGCUGAGAGGAGCAGGCUUCAAUAAAUCCCAUAACUGCAGGAUGGCUGUACACACCUCUCUGCUGUAUCUCAGUGGGUCAUAAAUCAGCCCUGGCUUGCUAAGGCGUAUCCCCACCUUAACUCUCAGGCUCAAACCAUCGUGGCCCAGAGAUACAAGACCGUUUUAGAGGACACAGCAGAUUUGCCGGACUUCCUCCUCAUCCUCCUCCUCCUCCUCCUCCUCAGAGUGAUUAGCAUUUCACUGAUUCUGCUUUUUGCACCAGGGGAAGACAAGGGGCGGAUAAACUCUCAGCACCCCUGACCUGCUUCCUGUUAGACUUAAUUUCCACAGCUAUUUUACAUCCUAUUCUGGCGUUAAUAUUUUCAUCAUGAUCACUUUCUCUCACACUCAAAAUUUGCUCUGGUGCUGAUAUUAAUGCUGACUCGCAGCCACUAGAGUUUAAACUCCCCCCUAAGCAGAAAAGUCAUUUUUUAUCAAGUUUAGGAUAGUUGGCAACCUUUGAGGCAGUGAAAGAGUGUUGCCCUUUUUGCAGGGUGCUUGCGUUGAUAUUGCCCUCUUGCAACAGAGUAUUCAUCUGCAAUUUGAGGUCAGGAGUAUUAAUCUUUAUCAAAGUUAAUGUGCUAACAGCAAGCUGGCAAACAGCAUGAUUUGGCAGCCACUGGUCCGCCUCUGUUUGAAGCUUGGCCUCUUGAGUAACGGAGCUGUUAUAUCUUUUCUUAAACGCAAACAACGUGCUGAAAUAUGUUCUUCUUACAGCAAAAGGAUAUCAUAUCAAGUACAGCUCAACAGAGCAUCAGCCAAAUCCUUUUAACCAGAGUAAGACAAGUAUCAGGGACUUGGCAAGCAGAGGCAUACAUGACAUUUGAGUAUAACCUUGAAUCAGCGAGAUGGUUAGUCAUUGUGAUUGGAUUAUAAGAUGGAAACUCUGACAGAGCCACUUUGUCAUCCUAGGAACUCCAACUCACAUGAUGCAUGCCAGCAGGAGUCAUGGCUUCGACAUAUACAUCAGCGCUCAAGACGAAUUACUGAACACUGCAGCAGGCUUAUUUCAUUACGCUUUAGGAGGGCAAGAUUUGAAGAAAUAUAGGCAUGCCAGAGAGCCAGGCGUUAAGAUUACACGUACAGGAGCAGGCAGCAGAAAAUGACAGCCAACAUGGAUGUUCAGUUCCAAAUGUGGCCACUGGAGGCUGGCUUCAAAAGCACAGUAGGUCCACUACAGACUACUAUCUUCUGUGUUUGCACGGAGCUUACACACAGUGACUUUGUAUCAGCUUUUGACCUUUGUUAUGACCUGCUGCUGUCACCAUUAUUUUGACCAAAAAUCCAUAUUAUAGUCAAGAGUCUCUGCACAACCUGAAUCACAGUGUGGUGGCACCCACGCUGCCCCCACAGGAGUGGAGCUGCAUCACAUCAUAAGUAAUCAAUGCCAGCAUUGUCUGAAUAGGUAUUGAAUUUAAAAUAUGCUGAUCCAAUCAAACCUUUAGUCAAUUGAACAAGCGGCAAAGAGGUGGGGAUGAGGCAGGUAUCUGACCUUCUUGUUGACAUGCUGACAGCUACAGUGUGUUUACCUGUCAGUCAAGUCCUAAUAAUAUCCAUUAUUACAAACAUUAAAGGAAUUUUCUUAAAAUUAAGUCAGGGUCAAACACACCGUAACGCUGAGUUAGACACCCAGUUGAGAUGAAUGAUGCCGACCUCUUUCUUCUGUAGUUAUACCAACUUUAGUAACAACCGCACAAUAGCAAUACACAGUGGUCUAAGGAGCCACGCGCUCAACCCAAAAGCCACUCUAUAUCCACAAAUAAUGCUCAGAACAGCAUCUAACUUCAUUAACAGGACAUAUAAGGUCCCAGCCAUAUUACUAGCCACCAAACAUCUUUUUAGCUUUGCCUGAUUUCUUUAGCAAAGAGACUAAACAAAAAAUAUUUUUUAAGUUGUUUUUAAUGCAGUUAAAAAACUGCAGUUCCAUCAGCGGCCACUUGACCCUGGCUCAAUCCCCAGUUAUCUCCAGUUAGUUCUAAUAACAGAGAUGAUUUUUUUCUGUUUCUGUAAGUUUCUAACACUGAAUUCACACCACAGGAGGGUUUAAUUUCAUAGCAAGAUAUUCUCGUGGGUGAUGUAUGUUCAAGAAUCGGUUAAUUUAUAAUGGCUUUGAAUUAUUAAAGGCCAAAUUUAGCUCAUUUACCCACUGAAUAUGUCUACAUUUGAGCCUGUUUACAGCUGGAAACAACAUGAAUAGAUUUUGGUAGAAUGAAAGGAAACAAAUCUCUGCGCUCUUAGUUAACACAGAGUGAAGAGUGUAUUUUAGUUAAUAAUUUGAGCGUCUUCCAGAUCAGCUGAAAUGACUGCAGCUUAUUCUAUGAUCUGUAAGUGCAGUUCUUUGCCAGCCAAACUAGAGCUUAAAUAAUUCACGAAAUAGCUGUACUUCUCUAACAGUCCUUUUGGAUGCAUUUUGAUUUUCACCAUGAAAGAUUUAUCAUCCCCCCCUCAAAAAAACCACCAGUAUCACACAUAGCUGUAUGUGCUGAAACGCUUGUGUUUUGCCAACAUUUACAAAUUACCCAGCCUCCUCGGAGUUGGCAGAGUCAAAGAGUGUCAGACUCAUAGUGGGCACAUUCAGUUAAUAGAAUAAAGAGCAUCAUUUAAUUGAGAGCAGCAGAGCAUUGCUUCUUCAUUUCUCUGUAACAGUGUGAUCCGUGUAUGAUCCAAGAUCAUUAUUGAGGCUGUCAGUGACUUAGCCGCCCCUGACAGGAAUCAGGUUCUUGCACAGCCUUCAAAUUUCAGGGACUUGUGCUUUCACAUUCAAGUAAAUGAAAAAUCAUAACGUUUUAUGUCUACUGAUUCAGAGGCAUUUAUUUCAUGCUGGUUUUCAAUUUGGGUUUUUUUAAGCUGUCAUAGGUGGCAAAAGUACGCUCAUGCUUUCCUCGAGAUAAAAAGACCCUUUUAUUGAACAAAGUUACCUAUUCAACCACUUUACUGAGAUGGACUUAAACAGGACAGGAUCUAAAAAUGUAACUGCAGUAUAAAAGUGACAAAAAGUUCCUCUAAAUCUUUUACUUAAAUCAGUCUAACUUGAAACAAAAGAAAGUUAAAACUUGGCUCCAGUUUGUGAAAUUGUUGGAUGGGGAAUGUCUUUCUGCUCUGAAUCUGCGGUGAUGUUGUUGUCAGUGUUGUCUGGCUCAAGCUCAUUCAUGUUUCAUGAAGUUGUUGUUGAUCACAGAUGUCACAUUCAGACGCCUCUUCUCUGCAGUCCUCUUUUCUCUGUUUCCACUCCACAUGUAUUUUACAAAUCACUUUCUUCUUGUAAUGUUUGAGUGUGCAAAACGAAAAUGAAGAGGCAAAAGAAUAUUGAAAGUGUAUAAUUAUCUAUUGGAUUAUGUAAAAGAUGAUAUAUAAUGAGCAGACAGGAUCCCUAAGCAGAGGUUUUAGCCUAAUAUAACACUAUUUUUACAGAUUUUGUUUUAUUUUGGGGAUUUUUUAGUUUGUUGUUAUUUGAAAAUGCUGGUUCAAGUUACUUUUUAUGAGUUUGAGUGUUUGUUUUAGUUCAUAUAAAGUGGGGUAUUUGUCGGAGGCUGGAGUCAAAAGGACUUGAGGAGGUUCUAAGUAAAAAAUCUCAAAAUGACAAAUAAUUUUACAAAUAUAUUCACAGCAAAAUAACAAUCACAAUCAUCCAGAUCAGAACCACAGGGUGAGGUGUCACUACACAAAUGCAGCAAGUCGAGUUUUACUGCCUUGUCAGAGUCAGUACCUUUGUCUUUUCCAUGUAUUAGCCCCUCAGCAGCCUUAUAUCUUGUUCUGAGUUCUGUUAAGUGUUAAAGUGCCCUCUUCUUCACUUAAAUGGAUAUCUCGGUUGUCUCCUCAGGUGUUUGUGUCUAAGCCCUCCUUUCUUUUUCUUUUCUGGUUUUCCUGCGAUAAAACAAUCAAUGUGAAGAACUACUGCACUUCCUCUGCUGAUGGACGUGAUCACAGUUUGUCUGGAAGAGUCUGUUACGGGAGUAAACAGUGAGAGUGGUCUUCUAUCUGGUCAAAGUAGACCUACGCUGUAUGAAGCACAUCUGUGUAAUGCAGAAGUAAUUUUCACGAGUCAUGGUACCUGUCACGCCACAGUUUUGCUGAUUCAGAAUAUUUGUCACACCCUUUCUUUUUGCAGCAGCACUCAUUAAUCUCUGACUGAGUAAGGAUCCGAUAAUUCCACCCGCGUGGAUUGAAAUCGACGUUUGAAGGAGGUGUGCAUGAAGAAAAAUUAAAAUGAUCAAUAAUUCCUCUUAGAUGCAUUUAACCAAAGUGUUGACCUUUAUUUAAAACUUUGAAGUAGAAAAUACAGCAAGGCAGGAUUUAAAAAUACACACAUAUUUUUUCGUAUUUCGUGAUGUCCUACUUCUAGACGGGAUGGUUUAUAGUCCGUAGCAUCAGUGGAUAACAUACAGAGAAGCUCAUUGAACAUAAAUUUGACCAUAAUGAUCUGUUCUGUUUGACCUUAUACACACGCAGACUUAUCGCAGGGAUCUGGGAUGAAAGUGUUUCAAAAGCACCACCUGGACAGGUGUGUUUACACUGGGGAAUAAUACAGGAGGGCUUUAUGUAGCUAAGCUUUUAUUCAAACACUGACUGUGCAUACAGUAAAGAUAAUAGGAAACACAAGGACGUACCCUUCAGAUCAAUCAGGGAGAAGUCAUCAGUCUGAUGAGAGAGCCACUUUGCAGUCAGAUGAAAGGAUGAGUGCUGUUUUUACUGUUAGCAAAUAGACACUAAAGCCACAUGAAUAUUUAUUUUACUUUUCUUAUCUUUAGUAAAAGAUGCCUCUUUCUUUCAGGUUAUCUACGCACGGUGAAGACUUAUUAGAUCCUUAUGAAUGCUGCAAAGAUUCAAAACAGAUUGAAAAAUGAAGAAAAAAAAGAAAGCUGUUGGUUCAGAUCCAAAGACAAUGCAGCGUAUCAUAUUUGGACAAUAAAUCAAUACAGACAGCAGAAGCAUCAUCAAUCCUCCAGGCUCUCUUUGCUGGAGAAUUAAACACUGAGAUACAACUUUAAACACAGCGCUGCGUUCAGAAACACAGACGCCGUGUGAAUCACAAAACAACAGAGAGGAAGUCUUUUUGUCGGUGUUUCAUUUAGCAGGUUUGUGCAGCUUUAACCUUGUUACUUUUAACAGUGCAUGCACGUCUGAGCUGUAAUUUAUAUCUGCAUUGACUCAGAACACCUCAGUCAAUUAUUUGUAAUUAUUGCACAGCCAAGUGUAGCACAAAACACUCAUUAUCAACGCCUUGACAUGCAGAACAGACGCCGUUUACCUUCUGCUGUAUUGUGUGUGGGUAGUCGGGGUGAAAUUAAGAGCAGCGUUUUGCUUUGCUUUGCAUUUGACAGCUUUGAAUGUUAAUAAUUAUGACUGUACCUGGUUUAAUUUGGAGCCUUAGGGAACUUGGAUCCUGAACAGCGAGAUGCACACGGCAUCAGAGCUGAGAGUCUCUGUAUGCAUACAUAAAAAUCCAAGUGAAAACAAACAUUCGGAUAUAUUCAAAACCCUACCCGAAAUUAUGUCCCAUUUGUUUUGUUUUCUGUCGAAACUGUGUGGGUUUGUCAGAUGACAUUUCGACAGUUUCGAACAGUAUCUUGGAGUCGUCUGAGUCAGAAUGAGAGAAGCAGCAGAAGCUCUGUGAUGGAGAAUUUUCACUCAAAUUGGUCUCUGAAUGCCGAGUUACCAAAUGCCUUACUAUCCAUGUAAUAGUCAGCAGUCAGAUCAUUCUUGCAUUCAUAAUUCAGAUGCUCCUUUUGUCCUCAAAUCCAAAAAUGCAAUUCGAUACAGCUCUGUUUAACAAUACAGACUCAAACAACCUAUUCAUACACAAAGAGGUGCAGCAGAGGGAAGAUUUGAGCCUCCUGAUAAACAGCCACUUUAGAUGCACUCACACAAGGCAAUCUGUUCCUAUACUCCUGCAUGUUUGACCCCUAGAGUCCGGUGUGAGUGCUCUGUACUGUGCCCAAGCAUGAAUGGAAGAGGUGUACUUCUGCACAGUAUACAGUCAGGCAAGCGCUCAAGCAUGGUGCAGUUAAUCACUUUAUACUAGGGCUGGGCGAUAACAUGAUAACAAUAUAUGUCAAAAAUCAAUUUCCCUCAAUAUAAAUAUGAAACAUGGUCAGUAUGCUUUCCGAUAGUCGGCAUUCUGCCAUGUUUUGGUAGACUAUACAAAUAGCCAAUGAAAAGGGGAGUUGGGUUCACUGCAUGCUGAAACAAUCAUGUGCUGAAUUAGAACCAAGGAGCAAACAACAGGCUGCAGCUACACACAACCAUAGCAUUUAAACAUGUGAAGCUGACAGCACUGUCGGUGAGAAAAAAAGAAAAUGAGUGCUACCCCCGGCAGAAAUGUAGAUGACAGCUCAACAGGUGACGAGAUCGUCGACAAAACACUGGCAUGAAAACAUCGGUGGUGUGGAGGUAUUUUGGUUUUUUGAGGUCUGACAUGAAGCAGAGUAAUGUGCACUGCAAAUUAUGUCGAGUACAUGUUCUCGCAAAGGUCGGGCAAUACCUCAAAUCUUUUUCACCACCUGAAGCAGCGCCACGCGGCAGAACACACGCAAUGCAAAAGGUUAUAAACCCUGAGUGGAGAAAGAAGCCCUUGGCACCUGUGCAGCUGAAACAGCCGACCAUUCAGUCUGCUUUCUCUUGCACAACGCCCAAUGACCAAACGUCGAAGAGACACAAAGACCUCACAGAUGCAGCAGCUUUUUGUAUUGCAUAAGACAUGCUCCCAAUAAGCACUGUUAAAAGUUCAUUUUUAACAUCGUGAUAUAUAUUGAUAUAGACUGAUAUGAAAAAAAAAAUAGUGUGAUAAACUUUUUCCCCAUAUUGCCCAGCCCUACCUGAUAUGUAUAUUUUUUGCAUUCAUGAAAAUGCAAUAUGUCACAUCGACUAAGUUAGACAAAGAAAACAGCAGGACCUAAAUGCUGUCAGACUGUUAAUUUUAUUCAAUAGCAACAUAAAAAUCGUCGCUCAGACAGUGCUGGCUUUAUGGAGGGAUAUUAAUGUCAAAGAGGCAUUGCAAAUGAUCGCCUCUUCUCUGCUCCUUGCAGGAUAUUUUAUGAUAGCCUCUGACAUAUGCAUCCUAUAACAACAAACAAACAUACAGUUAAAAGAAGAGGCAUCUCUAUAGCCUUGAGCGCUGGUUAAUGAUAUCUCUCUGUCCUCUCUCUCGGUGCAGCAGGAUGGUCCCUGAGUUGACUGACAGCCCACCUCAGUUAACUCAGCCGCGCCCUAAUUAUGUAAAUUGAUAUGCAGCUCCCGGCCUUCGUAUCACCUUACGGAUGUGUUGUAAAAUCUCAGCCGUGUGUACAAAUAAAUAAGUGAGCUACUCAGGCUGAAGCUCUCCUUUGAACCAGGCUUCAGACGUGUUUAAAUUUGCUGUCAGCUUGAGUCUAUUAACAUGAGGCCUGAUGGGAAUUCACUGACCUUUGCUGCCAAUCUCAAGUGGACACUUCGGCAUCGGCUGCACCAUUUUUUAAUACCGGGGGUGUCACCGAGCAUGUCACCCAAUCACUUCUGCUUUAUUCAAACAUUUGAUCCUUUUAUAAUGAUGCAAAAAUGUGGAAACAUAGAGGGAUGAGUUACAAAAGACUGACAAUCAAUCUCGCUUUAUUUUUAAUACACUUUUCAUGAAAAUCAAAGUGCUUUCUGGCUUUAACAAACUUUCAGCUCAUCUAGAAACAGUCAAAAAUAUGAAACUGGAGCCAGAGCCAAGCCGCCCAGCAAACAGCUGCUUAAUUCUUAUUAAUUAUGUAAAUUUCCCAGCUUUUAUCCCUCCUUCUUUUGUAACAAAUAAAGAAACAGGAGCACAGAGACCAAAAUCAUUUUUGUAGUUGGCUGUAAACAUGAUUUUUUGCUCUGCAGUAAAACCAGGAGGUUUAAAAAGGGUCCGAUGGGGUUCCCUUGACUCUGGACUCUCAUUUUUGAGGAGCUCUUGCAUAUUGGCUUCAGCUUUCAACACAGCUGGUUGCUUCUUGUAGCUGCCUCGAAAUUGUCGGCAUUUCAGGCCACAACAAUUACAGGGAAAGUCCACAAAAAUCCUGGAGGGACUGGCUAGUACUUGACAUCUGCUGCUGCAAAUAAAUAAUGAACAGUUUGCACUAAAACUCUAACGGCUGAAAUCAAACAACCACUGAUCUCUAUUCAACAUUGUCCUCUGAUGCACUGAGCACUGCUUUGUAACCCUUCCUGGGGUUGUUUCUUGAAUUAAAUUGUGUUAGUUUAUGUGAUUAAUUGGAGUCCAACUCAAUCCAAAGGUCAGGGACUGUUUUGCAAACUCAACCACAACGUUUAACCAAGAAUAAAAGACUGAUUUGUAUAUUUCUAGAUGCUUCCUGUGUGUGAGGCCCUGAAUUGCAGACUCAAACAGUCACAUCCUAAAUUUGUGUCUCGUGUUUGACGUAUCCUUCAUUAAGGUUUUGUGCUGCAAAGUGUCAACCCUCCUAUUAUUAUCCAGUAAUCCUUGCAGCUCCUCAGCAGAUGGUGUGGCGAUUGUGUCUCUGGUCUGGCCACGUUUCUGCUUCCUCAGCCCUCUGUCCUCUCUGCAGACCCCCGCCACGCCUCCCCGUGACUAAUUAUUUCCUGUUCUCUGCAGAAACACAGUCAUCAGAAGGAUGUGGCGCUCUCUGUCGCAGCCUCUAUCAGGUCAAUUUUUGACUACUCCCACCACGGGGACGCAGUCGGUUUGACUCGGAGUUUGUUUUUAGAGCUCAUUAAUGGGCGACGUGAAGAUGCAGUAGGAGGCAGAGGUUUGAUUUCUGGUUUGCAAAACAGUCACACAAUGAGUCUUGGAGAUGUUUCAAGUUUUCUGGGGGCUGAGUGCCCUCGAUGACUCUCAGAGGCCUUCAGACUCAAUAAGACUCAGACACAAGUGAACAGAAAGCACGUGUCUGUCAUUCAGAAACUGGAGCAUGACUGAGUGCCUAUAGACACCAUAUAUAUAGCCUCGUAUGGCUGUAUAUUAUGAGCCCCUUAUUGUACUUAUGUGUAGGCGUAUCCAUUAAGUCUGACUGUGAUUGUAUUAACUGGAUUAUCACGGUCUUAAAUGGGCUCUAUUUCUAUACCUGAGAAAGAAAUGUGCUCUUCUUUGUGGCCUUGUGAGGAUAUGUUCCCUGGAGAAGGAAUCUAUGUCUUCCUCAGGAUGCUCGAUCUAAAGUGAGUCAAAACGGCGUCUGUGUUUGGUAUUAUUUUUCAAGUUUUAUAUCUUAUUCAUCUUUUUUCCUCUAUUAAGUCAAAAUAUUUUUAUUUUCCUUCUGUGUUUCCUUUGCAGAAGUCAAUCAAUCAAUCUUAAUUUAUGAAGUGUCAAUUCACAAGAAGUCAUUUGCUGCUACUGCACUUUGGUUUAGAGAGGAGAUAGAAGGAGAUGAAGAUAGAGGUGAGAUCGAUGCAAGUGGUUGAAGCAGCUGGAAAGCAGACAGGUCCACGACAGCGAAACAUCUGCAGUAAUCCAGAAGAACCUACAGCACGAUGGAGCUCAGGGACUCCCAGAAAAGACUGAUUGGUUUCUGUAAAUCAUCUGACCCUGUUUCUGUGGAGUCUUGAAUGUAUUUGAACUGUUUCAUGUUUCUUUCACUUGGGCGAUUGACCUUCAAAUAUUCCUAGUAAGAAAUAAUGUGCACAAACAUCUAUUUUAGGAUGAGGUGCACAUUCAAAUACAAGUUUGAAUGUGUGCCAACAAGCGUCAAGUCAAGGCCCACAAUAGUUAUCUUUAUAUCUUAUCUACAGGUCUUAAGUCUUGUUGCAAAGGUGGUUUUAAGCUACUGUCUAGAGAUCUAGCAUCGCACAGAGCAGUAAAAAGAGAGUUUCUGAGGGAAGAGGCUGCCACACUGGAGGCUCUUUCCCCAGAAGUCCAGAUUAUGAUGUGGGUGAUGGAGAGCCGAAACACAUCUGAGGAUUGCAUCUUCCAGGGCUGAGUGUGGGCGUGUAGGAGGUCAGACGAAUACUGAAGGGUGAGAGCAUGGACAGAGUUGUAGGUGAUGAGAAUGAUUUUGUAGUCCAUGUAGAAUUUGACUGUGUGCCAGUGAAGAUGGAUGACGGUGGAUAUGAUGUACCGUCAAGGCUUGGUGCAAGUCAGAAUCCUGGCAGCUCAGAUCUGCACACACUGGAGCCUGUCCAGGGUUUAAGGAGUCUCAGAUUCGACUCUUUUGCAGUUGUCCAGGCAAGAGGCGACAGAGACGAAGGAUCAGGGUUUCUGUCAGGGUGUCUGAGAAUGAAGACUGGAGUUUUUCAGAUGUUUCAUAGGUGGUGGAAAGCAGAUGUAGAGAUGGGGGGGUUAAAGACUUUAGAGGAGGAUGGGGCAGUCGUCAAAGUCAAGGAGGAGGUCACUUUUACUUUUCACAAUCCAGUCAGGUUGGAGGUCACUUUGGACCUUUAAGCUGCGGUUGUAGCCACACACUGCAGUAAAGGUUGGCUAGGUAUCUGGUUACUGAAUCUUCUUCUUGCACUCUGCCUCUUCUGCUUAUUUGAGGCACAAUAUUAGCAUGUAAAGAGUUAUAAUUAGUACCAGUGUACAGCAACAGCCCUAUCAAUCUCAAUCAAUCAAUCACCAGUUCACAACAAAGGUUAUGCUAAGAUGCUUUACAAAAGAGCAGAUAUAGACCGUACUCUUGGUUUUAUUUACCAAAACCCCCCAGUCCCACCUUGCAAGACCAGAGUCAUUCUUAGCCAUUUUAACCCACUAUGAGUGAAACACUUUCCAGCAUUAUGCCAGUCACAGUGGUGAGGAAGAACUUCCCUUUCACAGGCAGAAACCCUGAGCAGAACCAGACUCAUGAUAGACAGCCAUCUGCCACUAGAGUGUUGGGAUUGGAAGGGUACAGAAGGAGAUGCAGCUGAUUUGUCUCAUACUUUGUGAUGUAUUUACCGUCUGUUUCUCCAUUAGUCCAGAGAAAGAAUAAUGAUGUUUUGUAUCUGACCUCCACCUAAAGAGGACAAUAAUGGGGUGGAUCACUUGCACAAUUCUUGAUGUUCAAUUUCAGACUACUGGCGGUUUGAUGCUGCACAUGCAGUAUAUAGUUUGGGCUUUUUAGGGCUGUUUUACCAGGACAGAUCAGUGCAAUGAAAUAUCCCCAAUUUGGUAAAUGUGCAAAAGCUAGAAAACUAUAAUUAUCAGUCAAAAGACGCUAAAAUUCUCAUUUGAGGUGAAAAGAUUUAGAGGGAUGGGUGUUCAUGGAUUAAAGAAACACCUUUCAUUACAAAAAAACAACAUGAGUCAAAUUUUGGGUUAUUGAGUGCAGCAGUUUUUAAGAUAUAAGUGGUGAGUAAAUAUUUAUGUUAGGACAGGGUUGCAAAGUUAGAAAAUAUUGAGCAACCAUAAACUGCUUCGGGUCUUUCCAUUGAUUUGUUGUCUUCCCUUAAAAAUAUAAAUAUUGCCAGUCUUAUGUUGCAUUUCAGUUUCAGUGAAAGAGCUUUUAUUGCAUUACUGCUGUGCUAUAAUGAUUUUCUGCUCAUUGAAAAAUCAUUUCUCCUGCCUCAUUGUUUUAAACAUACUCGGCUCUACAAAACAGAAAAUGAAAUAUCUCGCCUGAGGAAACUUCACCCACUGCCCUUUAUAGGUUAACACUUAAUAGCUGCCGUUAACUCUGCUGCACUGCAGACUCUCCUCAUGAUGAAGUGUGUGUUGGGUGUUGUAGAUUUCCAGCAGAUUUCCUCUCUGCUAUUCGAGAUCAUAUGACUGAUCACCGCAGAGAGGAGAGCGCUCCAAUAAGUGAAACAAAUGAAACACAGACUCCAUCAAUACUUCUAUUAGCAGCUCGCUCGGUAAUUUGUGCUAUUUGUUUGCAUCCUGAUUUACUCCGCCGCUUAAUGAGCCGCCGUAAUUUUCCAUCCGUUUAUAAUGAGAACUUUUAAUCUAAUUGUGUCUGAGAGCGGGUGAUUUAAACUUGACCUUAACGUUAAAACCACCAACCAUCUAUUUUGGUCUCCUCUGCAUUUAAUAUCCCAGCAGCCUGAAAAUAAUCAGAGCUUCCUCUCCCUUUUUUGUCCUCUUCUUCUUUUAUAUCUGUCAAAUCAUUAUGGAUACUAAUGGAAGCAUUCCUACCACACUCCCUCUGGUUACAUCCCAAGUGUGUAAUUACAUGCACAAGAAGCACCAUUAGCUAUUAAAGCCCAUUAUUUUCCAUGUUGACUUAAGACUGGAUCGUAAAAUAAAAAUGAUUGAAUAUCCUCCCAUGCCUUUGAUUCAAUAGCAUUAAACUCACGUUUGAUUUCCUUGAAUGACACUCAUUCAUAGAUCCGGACUGGGACUCCAGUUGUACCGAAGAGUUUAAAGACUCACCGUAAAUGUUUAGGGAGAUACAGCGAGUGAGGAACAACUUUGAAAGUUUAGCUCUGCAAGAAACCAAUUACUGCACAGGAUGAAGUCGAAGUUCAGAGAAGUUACCCAAGCAAGGAGGAAAUCCGACGGGAUUCAUUAAAGCCAAUUUGUAAAAUGAGGAAAAACUACCAUUGAAACAAAAAAAAUGUGACAUGAAUUCACAAAGGAAAAUAUGAACUCAGGAGCAUUAACUGUAUUCAAAUAUAGACAACAUGCCUUUAUCUACCUCCACUGUAAAAAAUGAAGCCAAAACACGACCUGAACUUGAGCGUUUUUGUCCUUUAUGCUGGCUAAAGUCGUUCUUGGGACAGCUGUUGCUGAUUAGCAUCUGUUAUUAACAGUAAAUGGCUGCUUCUAGUGUUUCUAUUUAUUUUGUACCCGUCCCUCACCAACAAGCCAUUAAUAAAUCAAUAAAUAAAAUAAACACAUCCUAGGUUGUUUUUAUAUCAUCUCUCAAAAUGAAACCACUGAAAACAAUGUAGUGCCAGUAAGUGGCGCUGUAAUGCUGCCCAGAAAAUGCAGAAAAGACAGAAGAAGAGUACAGAGCAUGCAUAUUAAGGUUGUUUUGGCCGGACACGCACAGUCGCCAUAAAUGUGUUUCACUGUGUGUCACAUGAUCGUUUCAAAAGAUGCAGAUAGGCAUCCACACAGAGAUGAAAUGGUAGUCAUUUAUGGAUUUAUGUGCUCUCUGACCCGUUUUCAAAAAGUAACAUUUGCAGUCACCUCAAAAUGCCGUUUCCGUGUGGGUGAAACGACGAUACGACAAAAAACUCUUGCAUUUACUCCUGAAUAAUUUGUUUCCCUGUGGACAGGUUGAUACCGCCUUCAGACAGACUUUGCAGCAAGGAGUGGUUUGCUCUUCACCUGAAACUACAAAGCUGUACCGUGUCCCUAGACUUACUUGCUCUUGCCCUAUUUAGUCACUAAAUUAUCGCCACGUUUACAUUGGUGUAAGCCCUACGAUGUGGUAAUGAGUUAGAUCGACUGCAUCUCCCUCUAUCUCCUCUCUAAACCCAGCUCAGUCUCAGCAGAUGGCUGUCUAACAUCAGUCUGGUUUUGCCCGAGGUUUCUGCCUGUUAAAGAAAGUUCUCCCUCUUACCCCUAACUUUAUAAAUGCUGGACAGUGCUUCACUCAUGUGGUUAAAGAUAGGAUGGGAGAGGGUCUGAUCUUAUCCCAUCUUUAGGUCUUUAUAAAUAGAGCAUGAUCUAGCUUUUUGUUAUCUUGGGAUAGCACUCGAUGUGAACUGGCGCUGUAUAAAUAAAGAUUGAUUGAUUGGGACUGAGUCACUCUGAAUGUUUUGUCUGCACCGUCAGGGAGCAUUUGUCCAUCUUCUUAUACAGUCUCAGCUGUUUACUGAUGUUAUAAUCCUUCUGCAGUGACGACCAACUAUUCAAGCUCCCAGAGAAACCAACAGUAACAACAAAGGACUUCAAUCCAAGACUCCCUUUUCUGUGCUCUGCUGUUGUUUACUGUCCAACUAGCGGCUUAGAAGAGGAUGAUGGAAAAAGAGUUUCAAGACAAAUGCAAAGAGUGGGUUGUUAGCUGUGUUUGUAUGUAGAUGUCUGUUUAGAGACGUUGGUUAAACCUGAACAGUCGCCAAAGGACGGAUGAUUUGUUCCUUAAUUUCACUGUGAAGGAUGUGCUGCUGCCGAAACACUCAUAAAUUAGUUAAUUGAUGCACAAUGGAGGGGCUGUGGUGUUAUGAUUGACAGCUCUGUUGACAAAUGAGGCUCCUGCAGCUUUCUUUAGCACAGGAAACGAAAUAAGCACUGACUCGAGAGUCAUUAAACUUUGCCUAACCCAGAGUUUCUCUUUAAUAUCAUCUCAUGAUAGAAAGAGAUUGAAGCACUUUCUGUAUUAAUACACAGACAGUGGUUACAAGGUAUUAUUGGACACAUCAGCGAGCAUUACUCACAAGCUGUAAUUGUUUUAGACGACAGCUGAAGAUAAUAUGAGACCACUUUACCAUCCAGGACUGAGAGAGCCACCUAAAUGAGUUAACACUGGCGAACUGAGCCGACCACCAAAGUUAGACAAGCUGGACGAUCACACUGAACUGACAGGAAACCAAGAGUGUCCGGUAAAGACAACCUGAGGGCAUCUAAGUCCGACAAUGGCUUUAUAUCUGCAGCUGAUUACUGUGGCAACCAUACAAAGAAGGACAAAGAGUUUGCACUGAUUCGUUACAUUGGAUUUUUGCAGAUUUUUCACACCAAUAUACUGACAAAGUUCUUUCUGUAACAGAAUUUACUUGUUUCUCUCAUUGUGACAAGCUAUGGCUUUAAAACCAAACAUAAAACAACACAAUCUUUGUUUGAUUUUUCCAUCGCUGCAUGAUUUUGGAUGAGCACAAGACCCUGAGCUGCUGUUGCAAGGGCUAUUACAGGGCUAUUAAAUUUAAGUUGUGGUCAAACACACCAUAACACCGAGUUAGACACCCCUGUGAGAGAUGAAUGCUGCCGACUGCUUGCUUCUUUAGUUAUACCAACUUUAGUAACGACCGCAAGAGACCAAACACAACUCACCUACUCUCCUCCAGCAGCCGCUCGUUUGUGGGGGAGCUCUGACAAGUCAAUCACUGAGUGCAGCGGAGUUUUACAGCUUAAGGAAGAAAAUUUAGGAUUAUUACUUAAUGGAAAUACAAUCAGACUGAAAUGCUAAGGCAAAUCAUGAUGAUUAUUACUUCAAGGAAAAGAUCUGCUGCACUUGGUGAUUGAUGUUUGAUGACUAGUACUAUGGCUGAGACCCUAUAUGUACUGUUGAUGAAGUUAGGUGCUGUUCUGAGCAUUAUUUGUGGCUAUAGAGUGGCGUUUUGGUUGAGGUUUGCAUGUGGAGACGUAGACCACUGUCUAUCAACUCCGUUACUAAAGUUGGUAUAACUAGAGAAGUAAAGAGUCAGCAACAUUCAUCUCUUGAGGGGGUGUUUGACUCGGUGUUGGUUCUGUGUUUCAAAGUGGAAUAACAACAUCCUGAAGUGAUUAAUGUAUCGCUGCAGUUCUUUUAUCAGUAAAUGAAAUCCUCCCUGCUCUUGUCUUGUUAUUCAGGACAGGAUGGACCGAGCGUUUCCUUUUUUUCAAUCAGUGAAAAAUCUACAAGAUCACUGCUAGCUCCAUUAUUUUGUUCUACUGACAAAUUUGGUAAUGAGCAGAAAGUUACACCGACUGGUCCCAGUGUCCUGAAAAUGCAUCUGAAAGAAACGAACUCAGUGUGCAAAAACCUUCACUCCUCCUAUUCUGGCACCAGCAACACAAGAAGGGGACAUUUCAAGACCACUCUGAUGCUUUCUACCCUGCGGUGGUGAUUCGUUUACCUUCAGAUAAUCCCUCUGACGUCAGAGUUUGUCAGAUACCGACCUUGAAAAACUGGAGUUCAGGUGGUGAGUGGAAACCACGCAGAAUUACUCAACUUGUGAAGCAUGCAACAACUUCUAUGAACUUUUGUUAUCUGUGGUAAAAAAAAAAUAAAAAUCUGGAGCUAUGACUAAUGCGUCUCCCGGGCAUGUCUUCGCAGGGAUCAGGAUCAAAGAAGGAACUGAUCAGAGCUGAUCAAAGCGGGUUCAAUUACUGUAGAAAAGCAAUGAUAUAAAAAUAAAUAUCACUUCUUUCCUCUUGUGCCCCAAAGUAGUUCCUUUUGUAAAUUUAGUGCAUCAGCAGGGACUUAAAAUCGUUAUUGAUCAUUGUGCAAAUCUGAGAGUGCACAUCAACAAAGUCACUGAGUGUUUGCGUCUUCGGUUUCGGCUUUCUUCUCCUCUUACUUUCUAUUCUUGUUCUGUUUCCUCUAAUGUGUCUUGACACAGUGGUCUGGAGUAAUGGCUCUGAAACGCAACACUGAAUCGAUGCCGGGUGCCUUUUCCUCUCUGAGGUAAUUUACUCGGUAAUGAGAGACGGUGCAGGAGACUGUCUCUGCCCUCGCUCUGAAGAUGUAAUCUGUUUUCCUUAUUAUUAAGUUGGGUUAAAAAGACUUGGACUGCUAAUUAAUUAGCUAUGAAACACUGGAAUAGGAUUUUACUUGGAGGGCUCAAUUUAGAUAAUCGCUGCCCCUCACCUUCUUGAUGCUUUAAUGUCUGCUCCUGAACUUUGUCACCGUCCUCAUACUUCGGUGUCUGGAGUCAUUUUUAAAACCUGUCUGUGUGAGUCCGUGUGUGUGUGUGUGUGUGUGUGAGGAUAUGUGAGGCCUGUAUUCCCUCUUGUCUCUAUAAAACAAUCUGUUUCAAUCAGCGCUGAUCUAAAUGACCCAGAGUGUCAACAGCAAACCCACAGGAGAGUGGUUUUCAGAGCCGAGAUAAGGUCAAAAAAGCCAUUUUGGGUAUCAUAAAGGAAGCGUUGUCCAGAUAUUGAUGUCAUUUAUUACCUGACAAGUAUGAUUACAGGCUGGUUGGCUGAAAAAGGGGAAAAGCUUUGCUCUAAUGUUCAGGGAAGACUGAAACGGAGGGUAGACAUGAUGGAAAAAUCAAUUAACCUUGGCCUGGAAGUGAACCGCUUGAUCUUUCAGCACGAUUUUAUUUGUUGACAAAUAUACCAUCUGCUGUUCUGUGGAUAAGGGGAUGACAGUGUGUCUACGUGUGUGUGUGUGUGGUUGAAGACAGUGUGCAUGUGUGUGUGCUUUCAUCAGCCCUGGGAUAGAGAGAAUAAAACCAUGUGAGUGUGCAGAGCAGAGCAGAAGAUUUGAGUCCGAACAUCAGCCUGUUACAGGGUCUUGUGCAUGUGCAGCCUGAAGCUUAAAGCACAUACAGAGCAUAUACUGUAUAUUGUUUUACAGUGUUUGGCUUUGUGCAUGACAGGAAAACCAAUUAUGGAAUAAAGCAGGGAUUCCCAGCUGGGACUCCACAAGUGGAUCCCCGGAGAAAUGCUGGAUAGCCACAAGAUUAUGUGAAGUACUAACAGAAGACAAAACACGAGGUUAUCUUUGUUCAGCUCUCUGACUGGCAUGGCUGGAGUUUCAUCAAUCUCCUUUAAAUUUUAUAAUCAUGGAAAUGAGUCCAAGAAGAUGACCUGUACCAGAACUGGUGAUCCCUUAAUCACUGUGGCACCAUAAGGAGGAAGUAAAGUGGUUAAAAACAACGUCAUACUUAGACAAAUGGGCUAUCCCUUUGACCAAAAGAGUUAUUUUGAGCUUCUGGUUGCAAAGGACUACAUAUGGAGACAUCAAAUUGUAACUGUCUCCACACACCAAGCGCAAUAAAAUCAUUCACGUGAAUGAUUUACAUGUUAAGUCAAUGCAAAGACGCGAUUAGACGCUCCUACUACUCAUGACGUGAAUUGGGCGGGAGCUGAAAAUGUCUCAACUUGAGCGAAUAUACACGCCGCAAUAACUAAUCAGCACAAAGGUUGCUGGGUGAAGUAUGAAAACAGACGGUUGUUCACUGGUAUCUAAAAUGGAGGACAAACUGAUUGUGUCGGUGUGUGGGUGUCCUGAAUUAUAUGAUACCUUUUCUUUCAAUUACCGAAACCAGAAUAAGAAGGAGCUGGCCUGGAGGCAAGCGAGUGAGGAGGUCAGAUUGCAUCCUGGUAAAUUGUUAAAAACCUUUGUCUAUCACUUAAUCCUGCUGGUUGAAUUGGCAGGGAUUACCUUUGAAAUUACCGUAGACGCUUGAAUGAAGCGAGUAAAUACUCAUUCAUGUGUCUAGAUUGGCACAAAUUAAGCUAGUAGAUGAUUUUAUAUUGAAAACUGAUUUUUUUUCUGUGCAUUUUGACCUUUUGCACCAACCAAAUGAAGCUUUAGGUUUUCAAAGGUGGAAAUUUUGGAAAACACCAUGUAGUCUGUGUUUGUGUGGACUUUGAAUGACAUUACUUUAAUGCACCCGUGGCUCAUGUGCCAAGUUGGCGGCUGUCAGUGUACAUCUGCUCGGUCCUCCGUUUAAUUGCAUGUUUACAGGAUAAAGUAGUUUUUCACUGUUAUUAUAUCCCAGUAAGGGAGCAACUGAAAAUAAUCAAGCUCAACCGAUUUACUUCAUCACUCUGCAAAAAUCAGUGCACUUUUUUUGUUGUUGUUAUGGUGCUUUUUUUUCACAGGAAGCAAUUAACAACUUUUAAUGAAUUAUUUUUGCUCAGUGACUCUGAAUUUGACGCUGAACUCUGCUGUUGAUUUAGGGAAGCUUUAUAAGUAAUAUGCCAUUGCUUCCAGGCACACCCAACCCCCUUAGGGCCCUACAAAGAGCAGGCCAGAAAUAGAGAAAAAUGGGAAGGUGGGAGGGUUGCAGAACGUGAGAACCAAAGAGGAGGAGAGGGCUAGGCCUGAUUUAUAGUCGUGCCAGAGGAGGAAGGCGGAGGUGCAGUCUUGCUUCUGAAAUCUCGCUUUAUGGCACCACUUAAAAAUCUAUAUGUGUGGACAAAGCCCCAAACUCCAAUGUGUGGUAUUGACGUUGGAUCAUCAAGAUGAAGCUGAAGUAAAGUAUGCAGAAGUUUGUGGGAAGUUUUUAAAUGGCCAUGAUGUAGAUAAUGUAAACUAUUUGAAAGUGUAUUGGAGUUUUCUUAAUAUUUGCAGCACUGGAUGUACGGUAUUUCAUAUUUGCUUGUCUCUGCACAAUGUACAUGCCUCAGUGUACCAUCAACCUUCGAGGGCCCAGAAAUGGAAAUGAGUCUAUAGCUGCAAUCUGACUUAUUUGCAUACUCAUGUUCAUUGAUGUGCACUGUCUCUUAUGUUCAAUAAAUAAUAAGUAAGUUUGUAACUGAGUGAGUGAGAGAGAAAGUUAGAGAAAAAGAAAGUCUCCUCCGUUGCAAAAUGAUGGUAAAUGGUCCUUUUUGCAUCAUUUUUGCCCCUCCUCUGCGAUGAAAAGGUGAGGCCCUCUUCACAGUCAAUAGAAAUGAUUUUAUCUGUGCUUACAAACUCGUACACUGAUUUAAACAUCAGAGCAGCGGAGUCGGAGCUGCACCUGUGACACUCCUCGAGAUCGUCGAGAGCUUCUCCGAGUUUUAGCUGAAUCCAUAAACAUCCUCUCGUCUCCUCUUGUAACCUCGUCCUCGGCUUGAACACUCAGUCUAAUUGACUCUGAUAUCCAAAGAUAGCAGGAAGUCGAACCAGACAGCCAAAAAAAACAAAAAAAAAACAUUCACAGGCUUGCCUAAGCUCACUCUUGGCAUCCUUCCCUCUCCUCAAAGUUACUCCUGUGACCUUGCUCUUCAUAGUCUCAUCAUUCACAACAAUCAGCGUAGUAACAAAUGGGAUUUAUGCAAACACCUUUCCCAUGCAGUAUCAAGUAUCAGUAUCCCAUAUAUUACAGCUAUAUUAAUGCUGCACAUACCAUAAUGCAGAAGUAAUAUACAGUAAUAUCAGCAUAUAUCUUGGGCAUCUCAAGCUGCAUGUCCGGCUGCAGGAGCUUUUCCAUUAUACAAGAGACUAUUUUAUAGCAACUCUAUGCUUGCCUUCUGCUCAUUGUACAGGACGCUGUAUUUGACCCUGUAACCACUUUACAGGUUCAAGGAUUCUGAGAUUGGGGUUUGUAUAACUGAUUAUUUCUCCAGAGACAAGCACUUUCAGUAUAUAGAAUAUGGUGUUCAAGGUCAGCAGGCUUUUAAAUGCCCUCAAAUAAUAUGCAGGAGACACUCCAGGAACUCUACUCCUCGCUGUGUGUGUUCACCUGUCUGUGCCCACACUUGUGUCUUGUAGGGCUGGGCGAUAUGGCCUAAAUCAGUAUCAUGAUAUAUUGAGCAGUUCGCCUCGAUAAUGAUAAAUGGAUGAUAACCGCUCUACAAGCUGCUCACCUCCUCCCGCAUCAACUUCUGGAUGGGGUGGAGCCACGUCACCAACGUAGGACAACAUCGUAAAGGGACAUGAGACCAUAGCCUACCUACACACAUCCAAAACCGACUUUCAUUUAUGUAUUUUUUGGACACCAAAUAUACCGACAUAGGCAAAGUGACGGCCCAGCCCUAGUAUCUUAUAUGUAAAUGAAGGACUCAUUUCUAAUGUAAAUCCUUGUUAAAGUUCCUGGACCUUUGGAUAGUACUCUCCUCCGAGCACAGACUUCUCGAGUGGUACUUUUGCGCAGCCUAAGCUGUUUAUUUGCCUGCCAGUUUUCAGAGUUUGAUUGAAUGUGUGUAGAGACUUGCACCACACUGUUUGUUUUGCAUAAACAUACUGCUGGUUCUAAAGUACUCAUUAUUUUAUGUCCCUUCAGUCUCUGUUAGUUUACAUCAUGAAGCUGUAUUUGCAUGGAAAUCUUUCAUAAUUAUCUCAGUUUUUCUCAUUUUUAUCCUCUUUGUCUAUCACCAUGAGAUACUAACUACUCGUGUUUCAAAGUUUCGUACACAGCCUUGUCUGCACUUCUUUGUGUGCACUCAACUUGAUCCACUCCUUUACAUCAUUCCUCACAAUGUUUUGAAACUUAAUUUCAACUUCUUCAAAAACCUCAUUUAGAUUUGAGGGUUUUUCGCUUUCACGCUUUGCUUCCCCUGGCUCUAAUCAGAAACUUCUCAAGAGGAAUCUGAGGAGGGAAACCAGAGGGUGAAAAUCUGCUCUUGCUGUCAGUUUGCAGACUAACUGCCUGUUAUCUCUCCUCUGUCUCUGCAGGUUUCGGGAUGACAACACCUGUGACAGUUGCAGGCAAGGUGUUCCUAAUCUUUUAUGGGCUUCUGGGCUGCGCUGCCACCAUCCUCUUCUUCAACCUCUUCCUGGAGCGAAUCAUCACACUGCUGGCUGUGGUGAUGAAGGCUGUGAGAGAGCGGCGAAUCAUCAACAGUGGGUUACUUCCGCCAGGGAUCCGCCAUGACUUCUCAGCCUACUCCCUCCCAGGCUGGAAGCCGUCGGUGUACCACGUGAUGCUGAUCCUGGGCCUGUCAGCCAUCACUAUAUCCUGCUGUGCAUCAGCUAUGUACACCCCCGUGGAGGGCUGGGCCUACUUAGACUCACUCUAUUUCUGUUUCGUCAGCUUCAGCACCAUCGGCUUCGGGGACUUUGUGAGCAGUCAGAGCGCGGCUUACGAAUAUCAAAGCCUCUACAGGGUGGCUAACUUCUUCUUCAUGCUGAUGGGUGUUUGUUGCAUCUACUCGCUCUUCAACGUCAUCUCGAUUGUCAUCAAACAGGUGCUCAACUGGAUGCUGGAGAAAAUGAGCUGCUUGUUUUGCCAGCGAUGUAACAAGGCCAACGUUCACCUGGGGAGACGUAACGCCAUCCGCCCGGGCGCUAAGGGUCGCCAGGGUCGGUCUGGCCCGUCACCUGACUCUGACGGACCUUGUGACAGUGACACUGAGGGACGUAGACUAUCAGGGGAGAUGAUCUCAAUGAAAGACUUGGCAGCCUCUAAUAAGGUGUCACUAGCCCUUAUGCAGAAGCAGCUGUCUGAGUCCGCGAACGGAUACCCCAGGACAGUCUGCGGCAGCUCACGCCAUAAUGGAUUCUCUGGGGGUGUUGGCGCCCUCGGCAUCAUGAACAACAGACUGGCAGAGACGAGUAACUCCAGGUAGACCGAGUGAGACGGGAGUGUGUGGGAGCUCUUUAUCUUCAGACUCUGUAACAAACCCUGAGGUGGAUUUAAAAACACGAGGCUUUUGGAAUGGAUUGCCAACAACUCUUGUUAUGCAUGAUGUGUUUGAUAAAUGUGGAUACUUCUGGUUGGAAUUAAAAGCCUGUGGUUAAGAAAACAGGUAAACAAUGAUGGUUGUAGCAAUGGUUUGAUGAUGGCAUGAAGAGAGAACCACAGUGUCGACAAAGAACCAGGAGUUGAUCUGAAAGUAGGGCUGCCCCACAAAGCAAACCAGAUACUGGUCCAAAAGCGGAGUAUCGGAUAUUUGAAUUCAACAACACAAGGACAUAUUUGGACACAAUGAGGCGCAUGUUUUUAAGUGGACUGUUAAGCUGCGGUAGUGUGCAGAAAGUGCACAGUGCAGUUUGAAAACAGCUGGACCGCACUGACUAAAUUAAGCACCUGAUUUAUGCCAAGGUACCAGGAGGUCUCACAAACAUUUAUCACAACUUGAUUAGCUAGUUUGCAGUUUUGAGACAGGCUACAGCAAACCCAAAUUAUUCCACAAAAAUAAGAACCAUGAAACUAAAAUUUUGGGACAUUCUUAUGGGGCGCUCACACCAAGCCUGAGUUAAAUCACCUACUCCCUUAAUUCGCGCAAAUCUAGACGCAAAUUUGAAUGGAUAGUGAUUACUCGCUUCAUUCGUACGUCAACGCUAAUUUCAACAGUUACCCCAGCCAAUUCAACCAGCGGGAUCAAGUGAUAGACAAAGGUUUUUUACAAUUUACCAGGUAAUCCGACCUCCUCACUCCUUUUUAUUCCGAUUUCAGUAAUUGCAAGAAAAGGUAUCAUAUAAUUCGGCACCCACACGUCGACACGAUCAGUUUUUCCUUCAUUUUAGAUACGGUGAACAACCGUCUGUUUUCAUGCAUCACCUGGCAACUUUUGUGCUGAUGGGUUAUUUCGACACAAAUAUCUCCUCAAGUUGAGACAUUUUCAGUUCCCGCCCAAUUCGCAUCAUUUGCAUCGGCAGAGUAGUAUGAGCGUCUAAUUGAGUCUUUGCAUUGACUUAACAGAUAAUUCAUUCGCACAGAUGAUUUUACUCACACUUGGUGUCUGGAGACAGUUAAGCAGCUACCUUGGCUCCUAGCAUUGGCGUUAGCGGGUCAAUAUGUAGUUGUAAGAUUCACUUAAGUUCAGCCACGACCACUUAAGUCAAAGGGAAAUGUUAUUUGCAUGUAAUAAGUUAUAUCAGGCAGUAUGGCUCUGCACUUCCACAUGAGUACGAGGUAUGCUAAAGCCAGAGGCAGGUAGAGCAGCAGUAAAGACGCAGCAUGACGCUGGUAAAAUCACGUUACUUAAGCAGAUCUUGAGAUAGUUUGAUUCACAAACAACACAAGCAACAACUAGUUACCUAUCGGUCCAAACCAAGAACCACAAGUCGGAAACCUUUAGCCUGGGGCAGCCCUACCUGGAAGCGCUGGGACCACCAAUCAACCAUUUCAUUAACCUCAAACAAAACACCGAACAAAUCACUGAGAGUCUCUGAAAUGCCAGUGUUAGUCUGCUGAGGAAAUAAUCAAUAACACACACUCAAUAUAUCCUGCAUAUAUAUAUGGCUGGAGUGUUGUGCUGUGAAGGAUCUACGGCAAGCAUACAGCGCAGUUGUUGCUGGGUCUCAUUUGAAUGUACAUACUGAAUGCUGACAUGAAGUGUAAUCUCUAAAUGAUAUAGCACAUACAGAUCUAUGCAUUAUACUUCUCAUGCAUUUUUUUGCACCAUUUCUAGACCUUCCAUUGAUUGUGUAACCCCAGUUUUUUCUUGACAUGGCUCAAGUUUUACCCUCAGGUGAUGGAUUUCAUAUCUGCAGGCGGGCGUGAAAAGAGGAGUUAAGCUCAGAGUGGCUGUGAUGUCGCUGAUUUUGACAAGGUUGUAGGGAGUCUGCCACACUAACAGGCCACAAAGAGUAAUUUCCUAGAGCUGGAGCUUGAGUUGAAGAAUGAAAAUCCAUUUCAUGUGAGAGGGGGACUUGCCUUCUUAUCAGCUCAAAAAAUGCUUCAACGGCCAGAGACUUUGGCUGGAAGGGUGAAAGAAGGCACCUCCCGGCUCUCUCUUCAUUUUGAAACUUACAGCUGUCUGCCAGGAAAAAUGAUGAUAGAGGCUCGCAAUGUUUCUGUUACUCCUCUUGAAAGCAGAAUGUAGACUUAUAUAUGUGCAAAGCAGAAUAAAUAACAAAGAAGUUCAUGUUUUAUUAAGUCAAAUAUGAGGCAUCUCUGGAGACAGGCGAAGGAGAAGAAGGUAAAAUAUAGAUGAAUUUAUCCUGUGGGCUCAUUGCAUUGAUGCAGAUUGGAAGUAACCAGGUCAAUUUCAGAUGCUAGAGUAGAAACAAAACCCUCUAGGAUUCUCCCUCUUGAAUCGAUUUAUCCUUUGUGGCGAUUUCUCUCUCUCUCCAUCUGGGCACACAUCUUUGAAGAUAGCAUGAGCCCAAAGCCUGCAGAGGUUGAUUUUUUCCCUUUUAUCAAGUACAAAAGUGUAGCCAAGGUUUAAUAAAUAGGAAGAGUUUGCAGAGGAUCCUUUUUUUGUCAGGCUGCACGAUCAAUGCCCCCGAAGCAGGCAACUAUCUCAUCCAGGCCAGCAGUGAUUUAAAGCAGCGUCAUGGUGUUUGAUGUUUUGUAAGCAGCAGACGGAGGAGGAGACGUUGUUAGUUAAACUGUCUGUAAGGCAGUGAAGGAGGACGUGAACUAUAAACAGCGCCUGGUGACAGCAGGAAGGAUGGGCUCUCGAUGCUGAUCCACUUCUUUCAUAUCCAAACUUACGUCUUAUUGAAAAUCAAUCGCCCCUCUGAGCUGAGGAUUCAACUUCCCCUGGCCCCCAUCUUUAAAAACCAAUUUCCUCCCAGGCUGCUCACUUCUUCUUAUUAUUCUUCUUCACUGUCAUCAUCUGCAUUCACUCUAAACACACUGCACCAAAAACCUGGGGGAAUAACAAGACUGUUUGGACAGGGAUAACCCAACGGGCACUGGCCUACACAGGGUAUGAGCACAUCAUUAAAUUUACUGUGCACAGUGUAGAUUCUUGCAUGGCACGAUACAAAGCUUCCAUAUCUAACCCCUUAGAUACUCAAUAAAUGAUAUAUCGACUAUAUUAAAAGUGCUUCAUUAAAGUGCCAUCAAUGCAGCUGAUAAGUUGAUUUAAACAUUAACUGUACUUAAAGAUGGAUGACGUACUCUACCCUCUUCAAAUGACAAAACUGAUGCCAAAAUUAGAGAUGCUCCAAUUCCCAGUUGCGGAAAACAAACUGCCAAAAAUUAGCAAAAUUUUGUCAUCUGGCUAAACAAAUGUUGAAUGGGUUUGCAGAGUGUGGCUAACAUUAGCAGAGCUAGUGAAAUCUGCUACUUUGACUAGCUGUUAUUAGCUAGUUUUACCUGAUAGCCUCUACACACCUUUAUCUCCACUUUCCAGAUCAAGCUCUGCCAAACUGGGCAAUAAGAUACCGUCAAUCAUCUGUGUGUUUACAUCCGGCAUUAAGGCAGAAACCAAUUGAAUUAAUCUUCAAAAUAUUUGCCACUAGAAAAUUGAAUGACAAUACUGGGAAAACUUUAAUUAAUGAGUAUCUUAAAUUUCUAGUUUGAGUCAUGUCCCAUCUGCUCAUAUGGAGGAGUCAGGCUUUAAAAUCUUUACUACAGCCAGCCAGAAGAGGGAUCUGUCAUGUCGUCCAUCUUUUAUACAGUCUAAAGUUUGGACUAAACUUCCACCUCUGGCCGAAAAUGAAAUCAGUUUGAGUUUGGGAUAACUUGGUAGCGUUUUAGGUCAAAAUGGGGCCCAUGCCACCCCACUCCACCCCUCGGGCACACCCCUGCCAAAAAUCCCUCUGCUUCCUUUUCUCUUGCAGAUCUCGGCUCUCUCCUCACGCUCAUCACCUUUACACUGUGAAUACGGUGAGACAUGCCAUAAAUGUGUAUAUAUAAAGCAUCGGGAUGUCUUUAAAAAAACUGUUUUUACAAAAAGGUGUGAAUUUGAUCUCUGUUGUUUCCAUCCUGUUUGUGCAUAGAUCUGAAUAAUUUCCUGUACUCCAAUAUCUCACCAAGAGGAAUAGAGAAAAUGACUCAGGUAGUUAAAUCUUCAGGCUUGUCUUAGUUUUUCCUGCAUGCCAUUAUGGUAAAGCCAUACAAGAUAGCUGUAUAUAAAACAGAGGACUCUUUCAAGUCUAUUUUUCUACAUAUAGCUUUCAAAUACCUACAUGUGAAUGAUUGAGGAAGUCUCACUGUCAUAUUUCUCUUACUGGAAAUGCAGCAUUCAGAAUUGAAAUAGUCCUUAAAGCAUGGAAGCUGGAUAUUUACAAAAGGGACAAUGGUUUUAUCGAUGUGAAAGUUGAUGUUUUGGAAAAUGCAGAUUCACCUUCUUGCAGAGAAUAACAUGAGAAGAUUAAUACCACUUUAUGUCCACCACAAUGUCCGCAAAGUAAAUGUGUAUCUGAGGCUGGUCGGCUUUGCUUAGCAUCAAGACGGGGACAAGGAAGAAGUUAAAUGAAGAAAUGAAGUUUGGACUCAGAGGCUUUUCUAUGAAUUUUACAAAGGAGAUAAAGUAAUUUCUCUGAAAGCCAGCUGUCACUUUUGAACUCUUGAAAGAUUUUUAUUUUAUCUGAGUCAGUAUUUUUAAAUAUGUUCUAAGUCAGAGAGUCUUUUACCAGAAAGCAUGUUGCUUGUUUCCUUAAAGAGUAAACUUGGCGAUAAAGUAGAAUACACUACCUGUGACUUCUUAACCCCAUCAUUCAAGUGUAGCAUCUAACAUUACAAACUUCCAGGCUGCAGGGGCGCUGAUAGACAAGCAGCCCAAGCAGGCAGACAUAUGCAGAUACAACAGCUGUAGUCCAUGUCCUAGUAAAAGCAAAAAUGCCCCAGAAACCACAGCAACAUCUACAUAUCUGAGGGUUGUGCACAUCCCGUAUUAAGGAUUAACCAAACCAAAAACCUAUUACAGAUAAAUCCAACGAAUCACUAGAAGUUAACAAGCUACCGUUACUAAAGAGGCGUUUCUUAAUGUUGUUAAAUGUGUCAAAAUUUCUGCUUUUAAAACUAAUUUCUACAAAACUUCUAACAAUGAUUUAGGAACAUCAGGAAGCACAAGUGGAGUUCCUGUUAUUUCACCAGCUUUUUUAAAGUAAUUCCCCAUAUGAAAGGAUGUUUUAUUGGACUUGGAUCUUGUUAGGAACAGGAUUAAUUAAGAUAAUAGUAAUCACCUGUAAUUUUGUUCCUCUUCUGGUGCUUUCAGAUGGUACUUUGUUAAGACCAAGACAGCACCAAAAACGCAAAGUUCAGACAAAGACAGGCAGGGAAUCCCAAGCACUAAAAUUUGCUAUAAAAACAGAAACUCUUUAAAAAUCAAUUGUACAAUCAGGUAAACUAGAAGCAACAACAAACUUUUAAUGUAUAUUCGAAAACAUCUAAUGGUUCUGGCUCUUUGAGCUUCCAGCCAAUCUGCAAUAAAUCCGAGGCUGAGGGUGGAGAAAACCCAAAAGCCUUUUUCCCAAAGUCUAUUCAAGCUGCGGGGACGGAGAGAAUAAAAAGUCCUUGGGGCACAAUGGAUACAGUCCAGCACUUUUCUGGGUGAAACAAACACAUAGAUCUUGUGGACGCAGUCCAAGAAUUGCCUCAAAAUGAAGGUGUGCCAGCGUAUUAGCCUAUGGGUCGACAGAGAUGGGAAACCGGCUUGUCGGUACAACUCACAAAGAUGGGUAAGAGCUUUACAAUUUGUAAUGAGCCUCCAGGAAGGAUGGCAAACUAUAUAUGUUUUAAACAAUUAUAUGUAAAAUCCAAACGGUUUUCAGGAAGAAUAAUGAGUUGCUACUGCUGUAAUAAUAGUUGUGCAAGAUGGCGACACAUUUAUCACCAUAUUCCUUCUUAAGAGGACACCCAGACUCUGUCCAAGGUGCUGAAAUGUGCUACAAAAUAAACCAGUGCUGGGAACUUUCACUAUUCUUGCUGAGUCAAGCAUAUUUUGGGAGUAACAGAGAGGUAACACAGCUUUUAAAAGCAAAGCAGGUCUUCAUUGUCACAUUGAUGAACCUUUACCUCUGCUAAAACAACAGCUCUAAGCUAAAUUAGUGUCAUACAAAACCACAGGGAAAGAUACCUGCCAAGACAAAUCCUGGCAGAAGACUCCCCUAGUUUAAAAAAAUCCCCAAAAAAUCCAUUUUUAAAAUAAUAUCAAACAUCUUUUAUUACAGAGUUUUUGAGCCAGCUUCGGUCGUGUCCCCCUAUGCUAAGCUUUGUUCGCUGCUAAGCCGACCAGCUGCUGGCAGUUGUUUCUUGGCUCCAUCCCAAAGUAAUAAAAUAUAGCUCUGGGCAGAUCUGAGCACACAAAACACUGUAUCUCAAUUAUUGAAUUUACAUAAAAGAAGAAAAAUGGGGAAACUGGAGAGAAGAUAUAUAGGUUUUUAGCUAAUUAGCGAUUUUCCCCUCUUUAUAGGAGUGAAUUAAAGCUAAAAAGAAAAAAAACACUUGUGGUCAUAAAUUACAACUCAGCUGGGUAACCCCGGAGUGGUAUCGAGCUUCUCUUUCUACUUUUUGUAAGAGAGUGGAUGCAUAAACUUACUGUAUUUCCCAAAAUGUCAAUUUGUUCAGAGGCUUUGAGCUCCUGACGGUGAUGUGAGGUGAAGCCUGGAGUGUCAGAGAAGUGUUGGCACACAGUUAGCGGUGACGGUUAAGACUUGGAAAAGUGUCAAACCCAGGAGACGUUUGAGCAUGCUGUAGCAAAUGAAAUACUGUAGACUGAAUUUACUGGCGUUCCCCCUGCUGUAAUAUGUCAGGAGGGACGUUUUGAUCGCGCUUCGAUGAUGACGGGGACUUAUAUUUCACCCUUGAGAGUUAAGGUUACAGCUACAGAGUAUUCCCUGAUCGUCAAACACUUCUGGGGUCUAGCUGACUGCAUUGUAUCUGCAACAGUUUGCAAAGGAGCAUGUGUGUAAAGUAUGUAUGCAUUUGUACGUCCACGCCAGUGUGUAAAGGACUAAACACGAGAAUAAAAGGACUCUGAAAUGAUACUCACAGAGGUCCCCCCUCCCCCAGAAGAUAUUCAAUUUAAGAUAAUAUUCAUUAAGAUGUAUUUUCCUUAAGCCUGAGAAAAUCUUUUAAGACAUUUACGAUAGUGUUUAGAAUAAUGUUUGCUCACCUAAAAUGCAUGCCUGGCUUGAAUCAAUGCCUUACUUUAGUCCUUGCAUAUUACAAAAAGGUUCCUUGUUGAAAAGAUUAUAGUGUGUAGAGCUUGUGUGUUGUACUAUACAAUCCUUUUGCAUUUUGCAAAAUUGAUCUCCAUUGAUUGCAAUGGUUUUAAACUGCCCCGCUGUCCUCUGUAUCUUCUGUAAGAGGAGACAGGUGGUUGUAGGAUUUACUGUAUGUUUGUAUCUGUUAUCGGCAGAAAUUGCUCUUUAAUGUGAUAUCACUGACUUUUCUUUUUUUGUGCAAUUAUUGCCUCUCAUGUUCUUAUAAAAACAGACUGAUUUUCAAAUGAUGCAAAGCUAUUACUCAACUCUUAACGGUUGAACUUUGCAGAUCUGGAUCACAGCAGAAGCGUCGCAGGCAUCAAUUUACACGUAAAUCAUUCAACACUGCUGGUGUUUAAUCGAAUAAAAACACAUUUGACUCUAUUCACAUAUAAAAAUCAGAGAGCUCUUAAGUGUAGGCAACAAUUUGACUGCAAAAAUUAGCACCAUUAAAACGCCAUGCUCUGCAGCCAUUACAAGCCUCAUAAUGAAACAGUUUGCUCCAAAUAAGCAGAGAAUGGAGAUGCUGGUGUAGAUCUUAAAGGCUGUUGCUGCAGCUAAUGGCAUAAUUAUUUAUUCAGCAAAGCUUUUUUUCCCUCUGUAAUCACACUAUGAUUCAUAACACUGUCUCUUUCCUGUAAGAGUGAGCAAACUCUGUUGUAAUUCGAGACUGUUAAAGCUGCUUCAUUCAGGAAAGCGCUGAAAUCAAUCUGACCGGAGCACACUGAACAGGGCUGUUAGCAUUAGCAGGUAACAGCCGAGUGACUCUGUAACAGAGUGAUUUAUUACAGCUCUGCUUGGCUGCCUCUGAUCUAUAAUAGGAGUCACGGCGUAGGCCACAAUCCGGAUCAUUGUCUCCAAAUCGGCUUGUGCAGCGCCUUACGCUCACAGAUUUCAAUAUUUAAGAUACUAAAAGCGUCUGUGAUCCUUAUAGUUAUGUUGACCUUUCAGCAAAAUCUACACCUCUGUAUUUGUCUCAUGUUGCUUGCAUUGUGGUGUUACAUCCAGUUAAUGUAUGCAAAUUUAUUCUGUUUGCAAGUUGCACAUUUAUACCAAUGAUUGUACUUUUUAUAUUUAUGUAAAGACGAAGGGGUUCCAUUAAACACAGAUAUUUACUGAUGUCCCUUUGGUUUUCUUCAUUGUUAUAAAGAGGAAAAAGGUAGUCAUGCAAAUUAGACACAAGGCACGGGAGCUGUCAUUGAUUUAGUGUCCUUUACAAACACCUAGUCCAGGUUUUCCUCUUAUUUAUGGACUCUACGCUCUGAGCCAACAGGCUGCUAGAUCCUGAUUCAAAUUAAUUACACAGAGUAACUCUUUUAAAAUGACAAUAACGAUACUAGCAAACCAGUCAAUGAAAAAUGACUACACAAAACAGAUGACGCUACUGGUGGUUGGUCAAUAGAGGGUACUGGUACUCGUUAGACACAUUUGCAUGUCUUCAACACAAGAAACAGAAGCUAAGAGAUAGGAGUGCAAUUCAUUCUGCCCAUAAUCCAUUAUGCACUACCAGCCAGCAGGUGGCAGCAAAAGGGUGUGCAGGAUUAAAGAGAGAGGCAAGCAGCGUAGCAAUAAAUCUAGAGGACGAGAUCAAGUUUGAUUCGCAGAAAAGUCGUCAAAAAAACACAGAGAGAAAACCCAGAUAAGUCAUUAAAAACAAUCCCAUUUGACAGGAGAUCUUUGCAGGAGAAGCUGAGAGUUCAAGAGCUUGGACCUGAUCAAAAUUAAACAACAUGAUAUUGACAGAAGGAAAUUUGCGCUCUAUUUAAGGGGCUUGUCUACUAAGAAAGAUUAAGUGUAAUCAAUUUCUCAAAUAGGUAUCACCAAUUUACAGUAACGAGAAAUCUAGAAACAAGAGGUCCACAUCGAGAAUUCUGCUUACAUUGAGCUUAGUAAAUACAGAUGAGUCAGUUACUUGUAUGUGUAGAAGCAACUGUAUACAAAGACCUUCAACAGGAUAGACUUCCCUAUGAAUAUGUACACAAAAGGAGCUAUCACAGAGAAAAUCUCUGGGGUUCUCAGCAGAACCAUCACUAGUGAUGGAAAAAUGUCUGUCCAGAUACUGUGGAAGGUGUCAGUCAAUUUCAAGCUCAGAAAAUUGAAAACCGCCCAGACGUGAAGAUAAUGUUCACCCAGGCAUCCCUAAGAUAGUGCUGUCACAAUAAUGGGAUAGUGAUAACAGACAAAACAUAGGUGUAGCCUCAGUGAUGCCGCCUAUGGUAUCCAAAGAGGGAUUUUGCAGCUUUAAGAUGAUCUAAAAACAGGCACCACUGCACUGCACCAGCAUGGCAUUCAAACCCGCAAAGCCUUAUUUUGUAAUAUCACAGUUUUUAGCCUCAAUGUAAUCAAAACAGAUAAGUCAUAUAAAAAAAAAAACACAUACAGAGUUCAUAAGUGAAUUAAUGAGGUUAAGAAACCCAAACCAGUUCUGUAUCAAGUUGCAAACAUGUACAAUUCUGCUAUAGAAAAAAGGGCAUUUUGUUAAUAAGCUCUAAUAGGGAUUCCUUGAUGUUUCAAACCAGCCCCAAGUGGACAGUUGAGGAACUGCAGCUUUUUGCACAUUGGUUUCAUUUUCAUCACUGGAUGUUGCUGUCUGAUUCAAAUAAGUUCAAAUUCAAAUAAAUCUCUGAGUGUAGUUAAAUAUUUGAGCAAAAUUUAAAGCCCUUGCAUCCAGAGAUGAAACUUUUACAACAAUAGGACAGGAAUAACAGUUUGGAAAUUAUAUUUCUCAAACAGUCUCAAAAAUAUCUGCUUUUUUAUCUAAUCGAACUAGACUUUUCUAAAACCCUGUAUCACAAUACAAGUAAUAGCCACGAGUCAAUACUCUUUACUUUCGCCCCUCAAACUGUUAAUUGAAAUGCUGGAAAUGUGAAUGAGUUCAUUCAUGCGUGUCUGUUUUUUAUGAUUUAUUGCAUUCACUAGAAAUGGUCUCAAACUCUCUUUGACUGCAAACUUCAUCUUCAGUCUCAUUCACAGACCGGCUGUGUCUCAAAAGCUUAUUUCUGCACAAAAAGAGAGAAAAAAAGCUCUUUUUUUCCCUUUUGUGGAAAGAUAUUUGAUGCUCCUGUUCAAACAGCUGGUGUCGAGUGUUUCUUAGUGAGUUUCUCUGAAAAAAAAAAAGCUUCACUGAUCCCUCUAUUUCUCUGUGAAGACACACUGAGCCCACUGGAAGGACCUUGGAAACAGCGUGCUUCUCCUGUAAUAGUUUGAUCAGGAUGUAAGUCAUAAAGGAGGACCUGUAAUUGCAUUCAUUAUCGAAAUGAGUCUGAUCCCAGAAAAUUAUGCAGAAAAACAACAUACAUUAUCUCGCUGCAGAGG